AUGGCCAUUUCCCUGCAAAGUUCAAGCUGCUUCCUUCCAGACAUUUUGAGGUGCGCAAGACUACGUACAAUUCCACUGCCCUGCAAGAUCACCGUGGGGCUGUGGUGGGCGGCUCUUGGCUUGGCCCUGCUCCCUCUCCCAAUAUAUUGCACAGCCUUUAACAUCGGCCUGGUGGGACCUUGGACCUGCGACCCCUUCUUCUCCAAGGCUUUCCCCCAAGCUGCUGUGAAGCUAGCCAUGGAGCGGAUAAGGAAGGACCCUUCUGUUAACUCUCCCCAUCAGCUGGACUGCACGUUAUGCGAGGAAGGCUGCCAGACUUCUAAAGCCCUGGCUGGAUUCAUUGGCUAUGAAAAGCACCUGUCAGCUUUCAUAGGUCCCCUGAACCCAGGAUACUGCGCCGCAGCCUCCCUGCUUGGCAGGAGCUGGAACAAAGCUGUGUUUUCCUGGGCCUGUGUCAGCGACGAAUUGGACAGCCCAGGCUACCACCCUACUUUUGUAAGAACGUUGCCCUCUCCGACGGGGAUUCUCCUUUCCGUGUUGAAAUAUUUCAGCUGGGCUCAUGUCGGCAUCGUCUCUUCCCAAGAGGAGCUUUGGAGAGACACGGCUAACAAGCUGGCAACAGCGCUGAGGAACCGGGGGCUCCCGGUGGGUGUCGUCACUUCGAUGGGGAGAGGAGAUGGAGACGCUGAAGGAACUUGGGCCAAGAUCCAAGCUGCCGGUGACAUUAAAGGUAAGGAGGGUGAGAACGAGCCUUUGGCCUGGUGGGAAUAGAGAAGGUUUCAGGGCGCUUGCAGACUGUCACAGUUUUGAGUGGGAUUCAACAACUGUUUUACUUGCAGAAGACAUCUGAAGGCAGCCCUGUUUAGGGAAGUUUUUAAUGUUUGAUGUUUUAGCGUGUUUUAAAUAUUCUGUUGGGAGCUGCCCAGAGUGGCUGGGGAAACCCAGCCAGAUGGAUGCGGUAUGUAUGUAUGUAUGUAUGUAUGUAUGUAUGUAAAGGUAAAGGGACCCCUAACCAUUAGGUCCAGUCAUGACCGACUCUGGGGUUGCGGCGCUCAUCUCGCUUUACUGGCCGAGGGAGCUGGUGUACAGCUUCCGGGUCGUGUGGCCAGCAGGACUAAGCCGCUUCUGGCGAACCAGAGCAGCGCACGGAAACGCCGUUUACCUUCCUGCCGGAGCGGUACCUAUUUAUCUAUUUGCACUUUGACGUGCUUUCGAACUGCUAGGUUGGCAGGAGCAGGGACCGAGCAACGGGAGCUCACCCCGUCGCGGGGAUUUGAACCACCGACCUUCCGAUCGGCAAGUCCUAGGCUCUGUGGUUUAACCCACAGCGCCACCCGCAUCCCAUAUGUAUGUAUGUAUGUAUGUAUGUAUGUAUAAAUUAUUACUGAUGUAGAACAGAAUGUCCCUAUUUUUAUCUGAGGAAUGUUGGAGGGUAUGUUAGAUAGGCCUUUAAUUUGACCCAUUAAGGCUCUUCUGUUAUGACAGAAAUAAUCCUGGGCUGCCUUAUGUACCUUAUACAGCUCUUGUAAGGACCAUGAUGUUUUACCUCCACUGUUGGGAGUCAUUAUACCUGGGCCUUUGGUUUGAUUUAGCAGCCUGGCCAUUCUGGUGUUCUUAAAAUGACUCUUUGAUUUCUGUGCCACAGUUAUCAUUUUGUGCAUGCAUUCGGCUCUCAUCGGAGGAGAGGAACAGGCUACCUUGCUUACGAAGGCCCAAGAAAUGGGUCUGGCCGAUGGCAGAUACGUCUUCCUGCCGUACGACACGUUGUUCUACAGCCUCCCGUACCGAAACCACUCCUACUUCAUUCUGGAAAACGACCGCUCCUUCCGGGAAGCCUACGACGCAGUGUUGACCAUUACUUUGCAGUCCGGGGACAAAACGUUUUAUGAGGCGUUUGAGGCAGCGAAACGAAGGGGUGAAAUCCCUCUCGAUCUGGAACCUGAGCAGGUCAGGACUGCAUAGAGCAGAAGGCUUUCAUUUUGCUCCAAAUAAUAAUAAUAAUAAUAAUAAUAAUAAUAAUAAUAAUAAUAAUAAUAUAUUUGUACCCCAUCCAGCUGGCUAGGUUUCCAGCAAAAUAUUGAAUACAAUAAUUCAUCAAAUAUUAAAAGCGUCCCUAAACAAGGCUGCCUUCAGAUGUCUUCUAAAAGUCAGAUGGUUGUUUAUUGCCUUGACAUCUGCUGGGAGGGUGUUCCAUAGGGCAGGCGCCACCACCAAGAAGGCCCUCUUCCUGGUUCCCUGCAAUCUCACUUCUCGCAGUGAGGGAACCGCCCGAAGGUCCUCGGAGCUGGACCUCAGUGAACAAUGGGGGUGGAGAUGCUCCUUCAGGUCUACUGGGCCGAGGCUGUUUAGGGCUUUAAAGGUCAGCACCAACACUUUGAAUUGUGCCUGGAAAUGUAAAUGUAAAGCUAAAUAUCAUUCCUGCACCCAUCCUAAUCAAUCACGGUUGCCUUCUUCAGUAAUCCACCUCCACAUUAUAACUGUAGAAAUGCACUUGGCAGAGAGGAAGGGAGGACCAAACCCCAGGUGUCCUUGUCUGUGAUCCACCUACUGUGGAUUUUCCUGUCUUCUACCCCCACCAGACACAACGGACCACCAGAGAAGUGAUUUGUAGAAUGAAAGGAAGGUCCCUUGCAAACCUGCUUUGGGCAACCUCGCAAGUGAGCUCAGCAAAAAACCUUGCACUCCAUUCAGGAGAUACAUGAACAUGAAAUUUAUUAUGGUCAGAAAACCAGCUUGAGAAACGCAAAUGGAACCACAAUCCCAAUAGCAAAACAAACAUUUAAAACAAUAUACAACAAUGGCUUUUAAGUUUAAGAGUGUGAUAGGUAUAUAAACACAUAAAAACUUUAAAAUAGACUACCUUAGAGAAAUGACCCAAAGUCACCCGUGGAUCUGGGUUUGGGAAUUUUCUUAACAAACUAGAUUGAAUCAGGGGAUAGUCUGCACCUACAGAUCUGUGCGCAGAAUCUGCUUUUUCAACAAAUUUGUGAUCAUCUAAUAAAUCAUCAUCUAAUCUCCAUCUAAAAGAGAUUUGGCUUUCUUUUUGUAAUUCCAUAGUCAGGGAAUUAUGGUCUGAAAAGGUUCUGGGAUUGAUUUCAAGUUUUUUGACUCUUGUUUCCAAUUCUUUGGAAAUCCAUACAGAGUCUAUUCUCUACCUGCAGAAUCUGGUGACAUUCUGGGUCAUCUUGUGGUUUUUGCCUAACAGGAGAAGAUCGAAUUUUUGCUUUACUGGGAGGUCAGCAAGCCUCACCAUUCAGGAGAUAUUCUCUGUACUUCCAUAAUUUUUGAACGCAUUGGCUUUCCCCAAUAAUUAACCAAGAAUGGCUAGAAGCCAUUUCCAAGACGUUGGCUUAGCUCCUUUUUCUUUCCCAAAUAGGCAACAUUUGGAGUCAGGUGGAAAAGAGAGUGGGGGAGCUGGAUUUCUUUAUUUCAUAAAAUAUCUCCCCCAUCCUUCGCUUGCUCUCUCCUCCCCUUACUGGGCAUUUGUGGAAGCAAAAGUCAGCUAAACGAUAUGAUGAAUGUCAGCUCUGGUUUGCCUCUGAGCCAGAUCAUUUCUCAGGUUUUGGUAGGCGCUAAAAACCUGCUGUCUUUUUCAGGUCUCUCCACUCUUCGGCACCAUCUAUGACGCCAUUUACCUGGUCGCAAAAGCUUUAGCCAAGGCCCAUCAACAGGGGGCGACUGAGGUCUCGGGGGAAACGUUGACUCAGCACGUCAGAAACCUCGACUUUGCUGGGUUCAGCCGCAGGGUAGAGGCUGACAGCAAAGGAAAACCUCUGGCCCAGUAUAUCGUCCUGGACACAGACGGCAGAGGGAGCCAUUUCUUCCCCACCUACUUGCUGGUGGCGUCCUCUGGCUUGGUACAACCCCUGGAAAGGGCAAUACACUUUCCUGGAGGAAGCCCACCCCCAGCUGAUUCCAGCUGUUGGUUCGAUCCAGAUGUUCCCUGCAUCAGAGGUAAGUGGUGCCCGUAUCGCCCAUAUCUAACAUUCUUGCACUUUGUUGACACUCCUUCUUAAUCCAUGUAUCGUUUUUAUUACGUUCUGGAGAUAUUUCAAACCAUAUAAUAUUUUUAUACACACAUAACUUCCCACCCCUCCUUUCCUGAUGUUUAUUUUUAUUGCUCCGUUCCCCCCCUCUAUAAUUUUUAAUUGAAUUUUCUGUUUUACAAUUUAGAAUACUCAUUUAAACAUCCUUAAAAUAUCAAUGACUUCCCUUCUUCUCUUUCCGUGGUUCAUUUUGCAUAAUAUAAAUCCCUGCAUAUUUUACAUAAGCUAAAACCAUUCAGUAUUCCAUUACAGUGGUACCUUGGGUUAAGAACUUAAUUCGUUCCGGAGGUCCGUUCUUAACCUGAAACUUUUCUUAACCUGAAGCACCACUUUAGCUAAUGGGGCCUCCUGCUGCGGCCACGCCACCGCCACAUGAUUUCUAUUCUCAUCCUGAAGCAAAGUUCUUAACCCGAGGUACUAUUUCUGGGUUAGCGGAAUCUGUAACCUGAAACAUCUGUAACCUGAGGUACCACUGUAUUACAUCCAUCAAAACUUAUUUACACUGUUGAAUUUAUCUUAAUGAUGCCCACAUUUUCAAAUAAACACAAUUUCCCUCCAUAUAUUCAACAAACGUUUUCCAAUCAUCUUUAAACGUGUGUUCUUCUUGUUCUCUUAUUCUAUGUGUUAGGUCCAAAAGCUGCACAUAUUCCAUCAGUUUCUGUUGCCAUUCUUCUUUAGUCUUUCCAUUUGGGGGCUAACAGAACAUGGGCUGCAGUAGUGGCAUACAUAAGCAGCCUUUUUAUUACUCCCUUUUAUCAGCUGUUUUAAAAUACAUACGUUUUUAUUAUCAGAGCCCGGCAAGCAGGUCUGUUGAGUAGCCUCUCACCCUGGAAUUUUUUACCUUAACAAGACGAUCUUCUGGGGGCCGUGUGCCAGAGGUGGGUGCCCGGACACUGAGGUCCAGUGCUGAGGGCCUUCUGGCAGUUCCCUCGCUGUGAGAAGCCAAGUUACAGGGAAUCAGGCAGAGGGCCUUCUCGGUGGUGGCACCCGCCCUGUGGAACGCCCUCCCACCAGAUGUCAAAGAGAAAAACAGCUACCAGACUUUUAGAAGACAUCUGAAGGCAGACCUGUUUAGGGAAGCUUUUAAUGUUUAAUAGGUUAUUGUAUUUUAGUGUUUUGUUGGAAACCGCCCAGAGUGGCUGGGGAAACCCAGCCAGAUGGGCGGGGUAUAAAUAAUAAAUUAUUAUUAUUAUUAUUAUUAUUAUUAUUAUUAUUAGGACAGAGGCAAAAGUGGGUGGAGCAAGGAAGGUCAAACUUAUCUGUUUGUUGUUGUUAAAUGCAUUGUCAAGCCUUCCCCAGCAGGUGUCACAACGGUUUCAACCAUUUAAAGAUCAGUAUUUAAAAACAUUUGAAACAAAUAUAGAGGCUUUAUCUCAGAUCUUGGACACAUUUCCAGUCAGGCAAAAACACCCAAGGGGUGGCACGGAGCAGGGCUCAGGGGUUGUAUAGCCUAGUGAGAUUCUCGAGGGCCAAAUAGAGAGGGCUGGGGGCCACAUUUAGCCUUCAGGUCCUGAGUCCCUCUGCCUCGCCCAAGUUUACAAUAGAGUGGUACCUCGGGUUAAGCACUUAAUUCGUUCCGGAGGUCCGUUCUUAACCUGAAACUGUUCUUAACCUGAAGCACCACUUUAGCUAAUGGGGCCUCCCACUGCUGCCGUGCCGCCGGAGCACGAUUUCUGUUCUCAUCCUGAAGCAACGUUCUUAACCCGAGGUAAUAUUUCUGGGUUAGCGGAGUCUGUAACCUGAAGCGUCUGUAACCUGAAGCGUCUGUAACCCGAGGUACCACUGUAAAGCAGAUCUGGGGUAUUUGAGCUGUAGAUCUCCUCGCUGCUGACGGCUGUUGUGUAUUUACGCUGGCUUCUGGCAAUUAGAAAUGGCCUGGGAAAUACUCGGCUUAUCCUAUCAAGAAAAGAAAAGAACUUAAUAUAAUCUGAGUUGUUUCCAAAGACAAAGGUGGCAGUCAAGAAACUGGGAGUGGGGCAUAGUUCUUCCCCGGGGAGGGGGGAGGGAGGGGACAAAUGACUUUCAGGCAUUUUGUUUGCAGCUAAAGUUGGGGCGUGGGAGGCAGGUGGCGCUGUGGGUUAAACCACAGAGCCUAGGACUUGCCGAUCAGAAGGUCAGCGGUUCGAAUCCCUGUGACAGGGUGAGCUCCCGUUGUUCGGUCCCUGCUCCUGCCAACCUAGCAGUUCGAAAGCACGUCAAAGUGCAAGUAGAUAAAUAGGUACCACUCUGGUGGGAAGGUAAACGGCGUUUCCGUGCGCUGCUCUGGUUCGCCAGAAGUGGCUUAGUCAUGCUGGCCACAUGACCCGGAUGCUGUACACUGGCUCCCUCGGCUUAUAGAGAGAGAUGAGCGUGCAACCCCAGAGUCGGUCACGACUGGACCUAAUGGUCAGGGGUCCCUUUACCUUUAAAGUUGGGGCAAAAGUUACCACCUGAAACCUCCAGAGAGGGAUUGCAGGGUCUGCAGGCAGAGCUUUUGUCCUUGGCAAUAAAAGGAUCUCCAGGGGGCAAGCGCUGGGCAAGACUGCUGCUUGAGAUGUUGCCAGUCAGAGUAGGCAAUGCUUGCAAUUAUUAUUCAUUUGUUAAUUGCUUCCAUGAGAUACCCCAAAGUGAUUUGCAAUACCUUCCAAGGAGCUCAUUGGAUGGUGGCUAACGGAUUGAGGUUGAAUCCUGACAAGACAGAGUCCCCCUGUUUUGGGGGGACAGGAGGCGGGUGGGUGUGGGGGACUCCCUGGUCCUGAAUGGGGCAACUGUGCCCCUGAAGGACCAGGUGUGCAGCCUGGGAGUCAUUUUGGACUCACAGCUGUCCAUGGAGGCGCAGGUCCAUUCUGUGUCCAGGGCAGCUGUUUAUCAGCUCCAUCUGGUACGCAGGAUGAGACUCUAUCUGCCCGCAGACUGUCUCGCCAGAGUGGUGCAUGCUCUAGUUAUCUCUCGCUUGGACUACUGCAAUGCGCUCUCUGCAGGGCUACCUUUGAAGGUGACCUGGAAACUAUUAAUCCAGAAUGCGGCAGCUAGACUGGUGACUGGGAGCGGCCGCCGGAACCACAUAACACCAGUCUUGAAAGACCUACAUUGGCUCCCAGUACAUUUCCGAGCACAAUUCAAAGUGUUGAUGCUGACCUUUAAAGCCCUAAGCCGCCUCAGCCCAGUAUACCUGAAGGAGUGUCUCCACCCCCAUCGUUCAGCCCGGACACUGAGGUCCAGCUCCGAGGGCCUUCUGGCGGUUCCCUCCCUGCGAGAAGUGAGGUUACAGGGAACCGGGCAGAGGGCCUUCUCAGUAGUGGCACCCGCCCUGUGUAACACCCUCCCACCAGAUGUCAAAGAGAAAAACAACUAUCAGACUUUCAGAAGACAUCUGAAGGCAGCCCUGUUUAGGGAAGCUUUUAAUGUUUAAUACACUGUUGUAUUUUAAUAUUCUGUUGGAAGCCACCAACUAUUGUAUUUUAAUAUUCUGUUGGGCGGGGUAUUAUUUUUUUAUGAUGAUGAUGAUGAUGAUGAUGAUGAUGAUGAUGAUGUACAGGGUUCUCCUCCCCAUUUCAACCUCACAGCAACCCUGUGAGGCAGUCUAGGCGAAGAGAUUGCAACUGGCCCAAGGUCAGCUUCAUGACUGAGUGGGGAUUUGAACCCUGGUCCCCCAGGUCCUAGUCCAACACUCUAACCAUUACACCACACUGUAGUAAGACAAUCCCUGCCCUUGGGCUAAAAAAAUCUAAAAAGGUACAGCACACGAGGAAAGAGGUGUGGGGAGGGUAGAGGAAAAAGUAAAGAGCAAGCUUCUUAAAGUCACAGUUUUUAGAAUGACCACCUGGGAUGGAAACAGUUCAUGUAGCCCUGCCUUGACCCAUCCCUUGUCCCUGUUACUUGUCUAGGUCUGGAGCCUCCAGUCGUGGUAUUGAUCCUGCUGCCGCCACUCACCCUUCUGCUCUUCGGGAUGUGCCUGGCGUACCUGAUCAGGUAAGAGCAUUUUCGUCUCUUUCUAGUUUUGAAGAAGGCCUCUGCCUAGCUCACUGGUCAGGAGGCAAAAGCUUUGUGACCUUCUGAGGACCACAUGUCAGUGGUGGGAGGGGCCAAAGUGGGUGGGGUAAUAUAUAUUACUUUUGCCCAGCUGACUCACUUCUACACACACUUACACAUGCUUUCUCCAUUCUCCAUCAAGACAAGCAAGAGGCAUUGCCAGAGUUCAGGGAUACCUUUCACUCAGGCAAAGCAUUCGUGGAGGGUGCAAAGCUGUUGGAGAGAAAGAUUUGGGAACGAGAUCCUUACUCUCUUGCAGCAGAGUUAGCGCAAUGGCAGUUGCUCCAAGCACAUUAAAACCUGGUUAGAUUUACAUCUGCCCUCAUCCAUCUUUAAACAAAUGUUUCCCACAAAAAUACUUAGGCUAGAAUAAAUCACAGACACGUAGCUUUGCAAGUAAGUGAAUGCUUUACUCACAGAGUUUCCAGAAGUUACCAAAAACAAGUCUCCAUCCGAUGGCAGUAAAUAGAAAAGAAAAAGGUUGCAAGUGCCCCCCCCUUUUUGUACAGUACUUGUUUUCCUUACAAAAAAGCACCUGCAGUCUUUGGGUUAACAAAGAUGCAGGCUAUACAAUCUCUCUUCUGGAUAGGUUCAAUUCACUUGGUUUUUCCUGCAACUGGGAGCCAUUGACUGCAUGUCUCCUUCUUUGCUUAUUCCAGGAAGCACCAAGAGAAAGACAGAUUGGGGGGCAGAGCCUGCUGAGAACCUGCUAAGCCACACCCACCUGCAACCUGAUCUCUGGGCUCAGGUUAACUCUUUCAUGCACGCAAGUGUGAAUCAGUAACCCUAUGUAACAACAGAAUCAGAGCCAAUGAGGGGUGUGGCCUGAGGUGAGAGGGAUAGUUGUCCUAGGCAUAGUUCUUCCUCAUCCCUAGAUACAUGCAUGAUUAAUAAUAACAAGGGCUUUGUACAUUUAUUAUUAUAAGUAAUAGUUGUUGUUGUAGUAGUAGUCUAUAGCCCUAUAGCCACAGGUCUCAGGGUGGUUCACAAGAUUAAAUCACAAUAUAAAAACAUAAGUUACAUAAUUUAACAGAUGCAAAACAGGUUCUCAGCUUUGGCUGGCCAUCCAAAUUCGCAUGGAACAUCCAGCUUGGUACAAACUUAGCAAUCCACUCUAGCACAGAGUUCAUUCAGGCUCCAUUUGGCUUGCACGGCUCCUUCCAACCCAGCCAUAGGCAGGAAUCCGCUCCGCGUUUUGUCAACUGUCUAUUCUGAGUCAGCCUUCAGUCUCACAAAGGGAGAGUUACUGGGAGGUCUAAUUGGUUAAUGACUGCAGACCUUGGGAAAUAAAUUGUGCUAACUAAGUGUUACGCUUGGAACAAUUAUGACAUGCCAGGUGUUCAAAAUCCUCUGACAAUUCAGGAGUUCACAGAUUUCCUGCUUAGCACUUAGAAAAAUAAGAGCACCGAAUCAUUAAUACAUUAAGGUGAGCAAGCGCCCACUUGCAACGUUUGGCAUUGACCCUAAAAUGGUCUAGGCCAGGGUGAUGUCGUUGGACUAUAGCAGGGUUUCCCAAACGUGGGUCUCCAGCUUGUUUCAGACUACAACUCCCAUCAUCCCUAGCUAGCAGGACCAGUGGUCAGGGAUGAUAGGAUCUGUAGUCCAAAAACAGCUUGAGACCAAAAUUGCACUAUGACAUCCAUCUGCAUCCCUACUUUUGUAGAAGAUCCCUGGUAGGCAAUAAUAAUAAUAAUAAUAAUAAUAAUUUAUUAUUUAUACCCCGCCCAUCUGGAUGGGUUUCCCCAGCCACUGUGGGCGGCUUCCAACAGAAUAUUAAAAUACAAUAACCUAUUAAACAUUAAAAGCUUCCCUAAACAAGGCUGCCUUCAGAUGUCUUCUAAAAGUCUGGUAGUUGUUUUUCUCUUAUAUAUCUGGUGGGAGGGCGUUCCACAGGGUGGGCGCCACUACCGAGAAGGCCCUCUGCCUGAUUCCCUGUAACUUGGCUUCUCGCAGUGAGGGAACUGCCAGAAGGCCCUCAGCGCUGGACCUCAGUGUCCGGGCUGAACGAUGGAGGUGGAGACGCUCCUUCAGGUAUACUGGACUGAGGCUGUUUAGGGCUUUAAAGGUCAGCACCAACACUUUGAAUUGUGCCCAGAAAUGUACUGGGAGCCAAUGUAGGUCUUUCAAGACCAGUGUUAUGUGGUCUCGGUGGCCGCUCCCAGUCACCAGUCUAGCUGCCGCAUUCUGGAUUAGUUGUAGUUUCUGGGUCACCUUCAAAGGUAGCCCCACAUAGAGCGCAUUGCAGUAGUCCAAGCGAGAGAUAACUAGAGCAUGCACCACUCUGGAAAGACACUCUGCGGCCAGGGAGGGUCUCAGCCUGCGUACCAGAUGGAUGUGUACAAGAAAGAGCUUUCAGGUGUCACAAGAGGCUUCAUUCCCAGCUGAAGAAAAGUCUCUGGAGGACAUGGGGUAGAGGAAGCUGUUGUAGAGGAUAUUUAUUUGUUUGUUUGUUUUUUGGGGGGCAAACUUGGAUUCCCAACAAGACAUCCCAGAACUGAUGAGAGAUAGGCAAUAACAACAGCAGAGCUUGAUUGUACAACCUGCAUCAGUUUAUCUGAGCAGGGUUGUGUGGGCCACCGACUGAUAAAAUUUGGCAGGUUUAUUGAAACUGUGAUUGACGGUGGUACUUUGCUUCCCAAACUUAAUCCGUUCCAGAAGUCUGUUCCAAAACCAAUGCGUUCCAAAACCAAGCACGCUUUCCCAUAGAAAGCAAUGCAAAACGGAUUAACCCUUUUCUAGACUUUUAAAAGCAACCCCAGCAGCAAUUUAGCAUGAAUUGUACUAUCUAACGAGACCACUGAUCCCUGAAACGAAAGCAAUAAUCAAUGUACUGUACUAUAAAAUGAAUAAGACAGUAUUGUAGAGGAUAAAAAGUAAAAUUAUUCUUUCUUCUUACCUGCACUGAUGCUAGUUGUCGUUUGGAUGGGGGGCUUUGAUCCAUUUCCGCGGUCACACAAUCAGUCAGUAGCUGAACAGGGUUCCACAGAGUCACAAAAACAAAUGAACCGGGGAAAACCUCAAAAACAAAAAUGCAAAAUGAAUAGCGGAAAUAAAAGCGCCAAGCUUAAUCGGUUCCAGAAGUCUGUUUGACUUGCAAAAUGUUUGAAAACCAAGGCGCACCCCAGGAACAAUAGCUGACAGCCGCAUCGGACGUUCAGCUUCCAAAAAACGUUCGAAAACCAGAACACUUAUUUCUGGGUUUUCGGCGUUUGGGAACCAAGGCAUUGUUUGAGAACCAAAGUACCACUAUUUCCCACAUAAAUCCCAUGGGUGUUUCUCCAGGGGAAGGGAUUUUCAAUUUCACCUACAUGAUUUGCUUCGAAGGAUCCGAGACACUUUGAUGCUUAACAAAGAACUGGAAAUGUCUGGAAAUGCCGAGGCAAGCUCUCUGAGGCUGGUGCCAUGUGAAGAGCAAACACCUAUUUUGGGAUGGGGUUUGAGAUGAGCUUUAUUUAUUUCAGAAUUUAUCUGUUUUGUAAAAUCUGUACACCGCUUGGUUUGUAAAAAAAAACUGCAAAGUGGUUUGUGGUGGUGGUGAUGGAGCAAUUAACGUCUGCUUGAAAGACACUGUACUUAUAUUAACUGAAUCUAAGAGUUUCCAUCAAAAAAGUACAAUUUAAAGGAGGGGGGAUGCUUUAAUUAUAUGCUUGUGAAGGAGAAGAGGACUGAGCAGUGAUUCAUGCUGGGGUGCAACAGGACUCCCCCAGGACUGAUAAUUUAGCUGGGCCUGUGCAUUGCGAGUGCUUCAGGGAUAAAAUCAUCUCCGAUGCAGCCAAGUUAUUCCCCCAAAAUCAUUCCCCCAGCAGAGUCAGAUGGGACAGAGGCAAGUCCAAGAAGGGAGACUCAGGCUGGGGUGCGACAGGCAACCUUCUCUGAGCGUGGAUAAUUCUGCUGUGCCAAAAGUAAUACAGUGAACAUGACUGCCUAACAUGAAUAGCUUGGGAGUUACAGAGAGCCGGUUUUGGGGUUGAUUGAAUGACCUGGUUGCACCCGCGAUGGAGGAAUGAUGAAGUUCCCCUUCCUAGGCUGACUGGAAGGAAGAAAGUGGAUCACGCAGAGAGAAGUCGGGCAGCCUCUUUUCCGAGGGACUAAUUUGGGCCCAGAGAGGGUGGGGGUGUCAGGGCUGGAGUCAGUCGCAGGUCAGUAAUAAAGGAAGCAGAUCUCUGUUGUCAAUGAAGUUAACUCUUUAUUUAAGGAACAGCAGUCACGAAAUUAAAAGACGCCUGCUUCUUGGGAGAAAAGCAAUGACAAACCUAGACAGCAUCUUAAAAAGCAGAGACAUCAUCUUGCUGACAAAGGUCCGUAGAGUUAAAGCUAUGGUUUUCCCAGUAGUGAUGUAUGGAAGUGAGAGCUGGACCAUAAAGAAGGCUGAUCGCCAAAGAAUGGAUGCUUUUGAAUUCUGGUGCUGGAGGAGACUCUUGAGAGUCCCAUGGACUGCAAGAAGAUCAAACCUCUCCAUUCUGAAGGAAAUCAGCCUGAGUGCUCACUGGAAGGACAGAUCCUGAAGCUGAAGCUCUAAUACUUUGGCCACCUCAUGAGAAGAGAAGACUCCCCAGAAAAGAGUCUGAAGUUGGGAAAGAUGGAGGGCGCAAGGAGAAGGGGACGACAGAGGACGAGAUGGUGGGACAGUGUUCUCGAAGCUACCAGCAUGAGUUUGACCAAACUGCGGGAGGCAGUGGAAGACAGGAGGGCCUGGCGUGCUCUGGUCCAUGGGGUCACGAAGAGUCAGACAUGACUAAACGACUAAACAACCACAUUCAAGGAACAUACAACUCAGCUUAGUGGUCUCAGCAACACCCCCUAUGGAGCAGUUGCCAGGAUUGAAGGUCUCUGCCUUCCACCUUUCUAAGGCUCCUCCUUUCCUGGAUGUUUCCCAAUCAGUCUCAAACUGUGUCUGCGCACCUCUGACCUCCCCAUUACUUUGCAAAUUUUUGGAGACCCGGGUGUAGGAGCUUGUUACAGCAGGAGAGAGAGGCGAUACGAUAAUCUUUAUUGUCAUUGUCCCAUACAGAACAACGAAAUUGGAAAAAAAAUCUACAUGAGGCAUUCAAAACCAACAAGCCUGCUAUCCCAGCUAUGCCAACUCUGAUACCCCAUUUUUAAAAUACAAUAUACUCCCACAGAGACUACCUUACACCGUGUUUAAAACCAAAAUCGCAUUUGGAUAGAAACUGUUUCUCAGGCAGCUAGUCCUAGUCUUUAUAACCCUGGACCUUCUUCCAGAAGGCAGGGGCUGAAAGAGAUCAUUUCCGGGGUGCGUACUAUCCUGCGCUAUCUCUGCCGCUUUCUUACGGCACCUGGAAGCAUAGAGUUGAUCCAAGGUGGGAAGAGUGUACCCAAUUAUUCUCUCCGCAGUCUUUACAACCCUGGACAGCAUUGUUUUUCCCCGGACCGUGCAGUUCCCUGGAUUUUCCAGCAGUCCCUUGACCCCCCUCUGUUUCAGCGUCAGAGUCUGAACUGCUUCCUGUCACAGGCUCUUCCUGCUCACUAAACCCUGUUUCUCCAUCAGCAUCUAGCACCUCUUCUCAAUCUUCCACUUCUGACCUCUCCUUGAAGCCCCACCUUCCUACCCUGGGGAUUCCCUUGGGGGUUCCCUUGAGCCUUCCUCCUCUGGGGUUUCCCUUGGGGGGGUUCCACGUCUGGUGCCUCCCACCACUCCUUGUUUUCCAGCCAGUCUCUGACAGCGAGUGCCUCAAAUUUGGUAAAGUAUCAUGGUACAUAAAUACGCCUUUGCGUGAAGCUUGGGAAAUCACGGUCUCCCGCCUUGUCCAGCCACCACCGGCGAUGGUUACGAAAUGUAGGGUGUGUGUAGAAGGUGUUGCUGUUUUUGCAGCUGUUGCUUCUUGGCCCAAGAAUGGUGCGCGCUUGUUCAGAGUGAGGGUGGUCCGGCCAGCAUGCCAGAAAGAGGCUUGCGUCCAGAGUCAAUACAAUGCAGAUCAGAUGCUCUCUGGGGAACCAUGAAAUCACCUUCUGAUUUACAGGAGGGAUCAGGGCCUUGCAGAGCCAGGCAGAGGCCCGGGCCAGGUAGAUAAUGUGACCCCCAUUUUUUUUACCCUGGGGGGUACCUGAAGUCUUAUAAAUAGGUAAGUAUAUAAAUGAUUUUCACAAAAAUUAUGCUGACAAAUGAUUUUAUUUCAAGGCUUGAACCGUAUCUGCAUAUAAAGACAAAAUGGAAAAUAUAGAUAUACAAUAGUGCUUUUAAAAAAUACAUAGGGAAAAGGAUUGUGAAUAUGCUGACCGAGGCACCCUUUGGAAUCGGAGGCCCGGGCCAAGUGGCCCAUAUGGCCCCCCCUCUGUCUGGGCCUGGGAGGGAUAACCCGCCAGCCUUCCACCUGCACCAAGAUAACUAAAGCUGUCCUAAGACCUUCUGACAUCUCCACAUUCAUUCAUUCUGGUCCUUAUAGCCUGCUCAAGUGAAUGACUCAGAUAUCUUCAUCAGCCACGGGUGGAGGCGAAAUUGAUCUGGGUCAUGUAAUUGGGUGACUGGCUUUUGGAUUUGAUCUAUGAAUUGAGAUAAUGACAUGAGGUAGCUAUGAGCCCGCCACUCCCACUGAGCCUCUUGGGCUUGCUGGUCAGAAGGUCGGCGGUUUGAAUCCCCGGGACAGGGUGAGCUCCUGUUGCUCGGUCCCAGCUCCUGCCAACCUAGCAGUUUGAAAGCACACCAGCGCGAGUAGAUAAAUAGGUACUCAGAGCUAUCUUUUCCGUUUGGCUGAGUGGCGCCAUGCACCACAGCGCCCGCCCAGCAGGGGAAGCCAGCAGCAGGUCCGCCACCCUCCGCUGACUCGGGAGUCUUCUCGGGUCUCCUCAGAGGAGGAGGCGCCAUGCCGAAAGCCCCACAGAGCAGUGUCUGGCGCUGGCCACAGGCAGGGAGAAGAUGGGAAGGAGGCAAACAUGUAGAGGAGGGAGGGAAGGAAGGAGAGAAGGAAAAGCUCCCUCAACUCAGGACCCUUUUGUGGCAGGAAGGUAAACGGUGUUUCCGUGUGCUCUGGUUUCCGUCACGGUGUCCCAUUGUGCCAGAAGCGGUUUAGUCCUGCUGGCCACAUGACCUGGAAAGCUGUCUGUGGACAAACGCCGGCUCCCUUAACCUGAAAGCAAGAUGAGUGGUGCAACCCCGUAGUCGCCUUUGACUGGACUUAACCGUCCACGGGUUCUUUACCUUUUUAGCUUUUACCUGUUACCCAGAAUGGGAUACAAUUUCCCAUGGGAAUUCUAUAAUGAAUUGAAAAGGAUGUUUAAAAUAACCUUUGUAAAAAUAAACAAACAAGCCCAGAAGCCUUUCUUUUGGGAAUUAUAGGGACAGAACUACCUAAACUGUAUAGAAACUUAUUCAUGUACGCGACUACAGUGGCAAGAAUGUUACUUGCCCCAAAAUGGAAAGAAGCAGAAGUCCCAGCACAGGAAUAGUGGAUUCAAAAACUUCUGGAAUAUGCAGAAAUGGUGAAACAUACAAUCAAAAUAACAAACUUUUUAUAAAAGAAUGGAAAUGGUUUAUUGAAGAUCUUGCAGGAACUCAGAUGGCCCCAUGAGAUCUCACGAGAGCAUCCCAGGACAUCUGAAGAUGGUGUACUGAUUCUGUCCCGGGAUAUUCUCGUGGGGUUUAAUUCCGAGGGUUUGCAUAUACACAUUUCCCUGGACCCCCACAUAAGAAGCAAUCAUACUGCAUCAUUGAUACAAUAAUAGUGCAUUUGUGAUGGAUUUGUACUGGGCUGUCCGCACUUCCUUAGUUGUUGUGUAAUCAUUCCACUUUAAUCAUUGUUCUGCAAUGCUUCCCCAAUGUUUCUCCAUUAUUGCCAUCUGGAGGAGGGCAAUCUUAUGCUGUUGUGGAACUAAAGUAGAGCAACAUGCUCUAAUUAGGCAACUGAAGCUUUCCCAUCUGUUUAUCUACAGGCAAGGCUCAGUUUUUGCACUCCAGGCUGUUGUACUUACUACUUACUUACUUACUUACUUACUUACUUACUUACGUCAGGAAUGAGCCAGCUCCAAGCAAAGGUUUGCAGUCAACUGCAGAAAGCAGCCAGGAACAGGGAGACUCAGAUGUUAGUCAGGCAGGGGAGAGCCGGCAGCUGCAGACUCCGACUCUUCCUGACCUUGACGAGCGAGCUGAUAAGGCAGUAGCUGAGAGCAAGCUAGAACACAGCCAAAGCUCACAGGAAGCACAAAACAGCGUGAACAGCCUCUCAGAACAGGAAGAGGUUGGAGGUGAUCCACUCAGUCCAAAGAGUCGGCAAAUGGGAGGGCUGUUAGAUAGGAAGCAAUACAAGAGACGUAAGGGUCAUAAGUUCAAUAUCUUCUGUCAUCUCUGGAAGGAGUCUUCAGAAGGGUCAUCUUGAGUAAUGAUGCUGGAGGCUUGGUUGAAGCAGUCCAUAGCUAUCUGUUUGUUUUUGCAAUAAAUCUUCCUUUUUAAUUACCUACACUUACUGUGUUAUCAAGUGGGGAACCUGGACUCCUGAUACUUACUUACUUACAAACUUACUUAUUUACUUACUUUAUUUAUGUCUGGUAUUUAUGUACCGCUUUUCACCAAAAAAAGACCUCAAAGUCCGCCCAACCCCAACUGAAAGGUGGUUAUCCUGAAUUAUAGACUCUGUUCACCCCCAGGGUUCCAUAAUUUGACUGGCCACCUGCCUACCAGACACUUUCCAGCAGACCCAUGUAAAGUGGGCGUGAUUUGCUAUGAUCUGUAUAGAUAGUUACAAAAUAUAACGAUGCUUUCCUGGCUCCUUUUCAGGCACAGCGCCCUCUAUCACCAAGUCAUCAAAGGGCCUAAGAAGUUACUGCUGACUCUGGAUGACCUCACUUUCGUCAACACCAAACUCAGUAGAAUGGUAGGCAAUCCAAGUCAUGCAACAGCUGGCACUGACUUUGCACCUAAGCGAAAUCUGUUCAUGGGGAGGAGUUUCCUCCCACCAUUUUUCAUUACACCGUCACAGGAGCUCCUUCUCAUGAGUUAUCUUUUCAGCUAAGUGUUAACUGCACAUAUUUUUAUAGCAAAGCAAAAAUUUCAAAUCCUGCAAGAUUUUCCACUUGGGAGCAAUUGGACUUCUGGCAGCUGCCAUCACCCUUGACAAAAGUUCCUGAGAGCUGAAAUAUUUCAGUUGAUUGUUCCACAGAUUUAGUAAACAAAGCUGUGGUGAAGUUUGAAUGGGAUAACUGAGUAUUUUGGUCAUUUCUUGAUAAGCCAUUGUCAAGAUAUCUGGGGGCAGUCCCACCAUAUGUGGAAAAAGUGUCCUUUCCCCCCACAGCUUCUCCAACAAUUCUGAGUAGAUUGUGGUGUCAUAUGGGCAGUUUGCAUGGGGGGAGUAGGUGGGUGGACAUUUAGCUGAAAAGAUAACUCAUGAGAAGGAGCUAAACCACUGAGCCUCUUGGGCUUGCCGAUCAGAAGGUCAGCGGUUCAAAUCCCCGCGAUGGAGUGAGCUCCCGUUGCCCUGUCCCAGCUCCUGCCAACCUAGCAUUUCGAAAGCAGGCCAGUGCAAGUAGAUAAAUAGGUACCACUGCAGCAGGAAGGUAAACGGCAUUUCCGCACGCUCUGGUUUCCAUCACAGUGUACCGUUGUGCCAGAAGCAGUUUAGUCAUGCUGGCCACAUCACCUAGAAACCUGUCUGUGGACAAACGCCGGCUCCCUCGGCCUGAAAGCGAGAUGAGCGCUGCAACCCCAUAAUCGCCUUUGACUGGACUUAACUGUCCAGGGGUCCUUUAACUUUUAGCUUUUUUGCACUGGAAAUCAUUACACUUUGAGGUGGGAGAAACGUUGACUAGCCAUCUGACUUGCCAUUGUGUCAACGCUGAAUCUGAACGAGAUGUUCAGCCUAGAUCAGUAGGACGUGCUCCUUGAUUCAUCCCUGGCUGUGUUUCCUACUCACAGAGACUGGCGGUGGAUAGCCUGAGCGAUUCUAAGAGCAACUUGGAAGUUCGAAGCCUGAGAUCUGCCACACAUUCUUUGUCGGUGAAAAGCACAACUGUGACAUACGAAACCUCCAAUGUGGCAAUAUACAAGGUAGUGGAACACUGAUUAAAUCUAGCCGUUCUUGGAUUUUUAGGGGGUGGGUAUAUCAGGAUCCCAAAGUGAUGCUGUUAAGACAUAUUUUUAAAAUAGCAUAGAAUGACCCUAGAAAUGCGUUAGUCCCUCCAAAUGGCCAUAGAACAAUGGGUAUAAAAUUAUGCCUGGUGAGGAAUAGAAUCGUAGAAUUGUAGGGUUGGAAGGGUCAUCUAGUUCAACCCCCUGAAAUGCAGGAAUCAUGUGAUCCCAGAAUCAGGAACCACAUACUGGUCACAACAUCUUUCCCAGUGAAUACUUGCAGCCUGUUUGUAGACGCUGCCUGGUUGCUGGGUAGCAAGUGAAAGGUUACACUCAUCCUAGGGGGAAGGGGAGAUUAUGAAGGGAAACAAAGUUUAGGUGAAGGGAAGCAAAGAGAAGGGAUGGGAGAUCUUCUCUGCAGGGACUUUUUUAGUUUCAGAGGGCCAUCUGUCAUGGGUGCUUUAGUUGAGUUUCCUGCAUCACAAGGGGGUUGGACUAGAUGACCCUAGGGGUCCCUUCCAACUCUGCAGUUCUAUGGUUCUGUGAAUUGGCUAUUUGCUGAGCCAGUGUGGUGUAGUGGUUAAGAGUGGUGGACUUGUAAUCUGGUGAACCGGGUUCGCUUCCCCGCUCCUCCACCUGCAGCUGCUGGGUGACCUUGGGCUAGUCACGCUUCUCUGAAGUCUCUCAGCCCCACUCACCUCACAGAGUGUUUGUUGUGGGGGAGGAAGGGAAAAGAGAUUGUGAGCCACUUUGAGACCCCUCAGGGUAGUGAUAAAGCGGGAUAUCAGUUCCAAAUACCUCUUCUUCUUCUUCUUCUUCUUCUUCUUCUUCUCAUCAAUGAUUCUAGCUAAUCAGGGAUCCAAAACGAACACUCCUUCAGACAUUCCACCACGAUAUCUGAAAAACAAUUUUGAUUCUGAUAUAUUGUCAAGCAACAACCCCUAUUUUCAAAUCAGCCCCUAACCAUUUGGAAUUUGAGAAAUCUGGAAACUGCAACGUGUGAAUGUGAAACAUGAUGUUUUGUAAACAUUGCAAAAGGGUGCAUACCUGUGUUUCAAUUCUAGAAUUAGCCAAGGGCCUUUCUUAAUCAUUUACUAAUACCUUUUCUGGCCAGGGCGACUGGGUAUGGCUGAAGAAGCUGGAAUCUGGAGCAACCAGUGACCUGAGACAGAGGACUGCCAGCUUGUUAAGCCAGGUAGGGAUUGUUAUGGUGAUUCACAUGUAUACACAGAACUGCAUAUUUUCUGUGUCUCUUUCGUGACUGCUCUCAAGGAGGUUCAUAUAACACUUUCCCCCAAUGCUUUGAGAAAAAUGCAAAAGGAGGGGUCACGGGAUUAGUCCCAUGCCCAAUAAGGAUGCAUACUAUGUCUAUGCCCACCCUGCCCCAGCUGCUCACAGUGAAAACACUUCCACCCAGUCUGUGCAUUCAGCCAGUGUGCAAAACACCUCUAUGUGCAUUCUGGUAUCCAUGCUUAGAGCUCCUCUAGCCCAACCACAAGGGAAAACUCUGAGCUCUUUGCCACAUGGAACCAAUGCAUGGAUGGGAAGAGGAGUAUCUGCUACAGGGGCAGCAGAAGGUGGUGUUGUGGAGCUAGCCUGCAUGUCCUUCAUCCUCUUGUGUGUGCUUUCCCACUAAAAGAACACCAUACCCUCUAUCCCUAUACUUUAUGGAACUGAGUUUUAACCACCUCAAAACAGCAGAAUGUUCAUAAACAUUCCAUUGCUUCAGCUGAGUCAAUGGCUAGGAAGAUCUCAUUCCAAUAAACUGAAAUAAGAACUCCCACACAUAAUGUUGUUUAGUCGUUUAGUCGUGUCCAACUCUUCGUGACCCCCUGGACCAGAGCAUGCCAGGCACUCCUGUCUUCCACUGCCUCCCGCAGUUUGGUCAAACUAAUGUUGGAAGCUUUGAGAACACUGCCCAACCAUCUCGUCCUCUGCUGUCCCUUCUCCUUGUGCCUUCCAUCUUUCCCAACAUCAGGGUCUUUUCCAGGGAGUCUUCUCUUCUCAUGAGGUGGCCAAAGUCUUGGAGCCUCAGCUUCAGGAUCUGUCCUUCCAGUGAGCACUCAGGGCUGAUUUCCUUCAGAAUGGAGAGUUUUGAUCUUCUUGCAGUCCAUGGGACUCUCAAGAGUCUCCUCCAGCACCAUAAUUCAAAAACAUCCAUUCUUUGGCGAUCAGCCUUCUUUAUGGUCCUGCUCUCACUUCCAUACAUCACUACUGGGAAAACCAUAGUUUUAACUAUAAGGAUCUUUGUUGGCAAGGUGAUGUCUCUGCUUUUUAAGAUGCAAUGGCAUUUUCAGAAGCUGCAGGUUAUUUUGCAGUGAACACUUUCAAUGGGGCAAACCCAGCAUCUUAUUUACUUUAUUUUUAUCUCUCUGCCCAAUUUAACAGCUCCAAAACAUUACCCAAGCCCAUCUUUGAAUUCACAAUUAGCUAUAGAGAUGGGUCUUAGAGGAGGUCCAUGCUGCAGCCACUUGACCUGGUCUACUGAGAGCAGCAAAGAGGGUAGCCAGCCUUUAAUCUGUGCUGUGACCACUCAAGUUUAUCAUUUGCCAUCAGCAGACAGUGGGACUAACUUUCAAUUUUCUGUCGGAUGAUUGCAUUGCUAUUUUGUGUUGUUUUGGUUCAGUUGCAUUAUGCAUUGCUGAUUUUCUGAAAUGGGAAGGUGGGAAGCAAGUGGAAGAAACAACAAAAUAAAUAUCGCAUGCAACUCCAGAAGUGCCCUUAAAACUUUGCAGAAUAAUUGUGGAGCAACCUGCAUUCUGCAUCCUUUCAGUCUUCAUAUCUGACAUGAUGAUACAUUUAUUUUGAUUGUGGGCAUCACAACCUGAGUAUCAAAGAAAAGAAAGUCAGAGAUCCCCAAUCUCUCUUGCGAUUUGCUUCUUGUGUCCGCAGAUGAAGGAUGUACGCCAUGAAAAUGUGAACCCAUUUCUAGGCCUUUUAUCUGAUGGGGGUCUCUCUGCCAUCGUGAUGGAGUUUUGCUCCAGAGGGAGCCUAGAGGAUUUGCUGCAAAACACAAACAUAAAGCUGGACUGGAUGUUCAAAUCAUCUCUUCUGAUGGACUUAAUUAAAGUAAGUUCUCUCCUUAUUCUGGGGGUGAAAAGGAAGGGUGAAAGGCUGUUCUAUCAAAAAUGCAAAAUUGAACACAAUGGGUCAUACAAAGGGAGAGAAUCUUUGCUGUCAUAUUGUUCUCAGCUCUGAAAAUGAGCCUUGGGUUCUGGCCAGAUCCUUGGAAGAUUUGAAAAGGUCCUUUAUGCAGAGCCAACUCAAGACGUUUUGAGUUUUAUCCAACUAAGUCCUGCUUUUAGUAGAUGCUUUCAGUGGAAUCCAACGUCAGGCUUCAGUAAUUGUUCCAUCCCCCUUUCCCUUCCUUCCACAGUAUUCUGAGGGUUCCUCUGCCCCUCCAGCGUGGAUUUGGGGGAGGCACAGGGGGCGCAGGUGGGUAGAGAAGAAGGGAAAGCCCCAAUGCACUAGUAGAAAUUCUUGCUCUGGUUUCCGCUAGUGCACUGGGUUAAUUAACUGUGGCCCAUUGGAAUGAAUGGAUCUAAGUUAUUCAUGUCCACUCAUUUCAGUGGGUCCCUCCAAGUAUGACUAAUUUUGGAUAAAAGCCUUUGUAUCCAAAGGUCAUGAGUGCUAGUUGAAUCACACUUCAACUCUGUCAAUGGAAUAAGCACCCUGCUAUGCAUCGUGGGGUGUCGCUGGACACGGAUGAUGCUGUGGUCUAAACCACAGAGCCUAGGACUUGCCAAUCAGAAGGUCGGCGGUUCGAAUCCCCGCGACGGGGUGAGCUCCCGUUGCUCGGUCCCUGCUCCUGCCAACCUAGCAGUUCGAAAGCACGUCAAAGUGCAAGUAGAUAAAUAGGUACAGCUCUGGCGGGAAGGUAAAUGGCGUUUCCGUGUGCUGCUCUGGUUCGCCAGAAGCGGCUUAGUCAUGCUGGCCACAUGACCCGGAAGCUGUAUGCCGCCUCCCUCAGCCAAUAAAGCAAGCUGAGCGCCGCAACCCCAGAGUCGGCCAUGUCUGGACCUAAUGGUCAGGGGUCCCUUUACCUUUACCUUUAUGCAUUGUGGGGACGGAUAAACUGCAGGCUAAUUUAGGGGGUGUCUCAGAGGUCUGUAGCACACAUACCUCUGAUCUCCAACAGUGGGAGAUGGCCAAGGAGGAAUCGCUGAUGGGCUGCCAAGACUGAGCCCCUAGACAACUGCCCCAAAGUCCUGUCUUGAUCGCACCAGGGCAACUUCAAGGAGGCUAGGUCGGUCCAUGGCAGGGAGGGUAGCUCUGUCUCGAGAGAUUAGCCCAAACAGCUAAAAAUGGAAACCACAAGCUAAACACAGUGAAAUUGCAGUCACCAGCUUUCACCAUCGAGCUCUGAAUCUCGCUGGCAAAGAAUGCUGGAGCGGGCAGGUUUUUAACUGGGGUUUAUGUGCCUCAGCUCUGGAGAUGCCCAAACUGAAGCAUUUGAUCCCUCUCCUUUUCAGGGAAUGAAAUAUUUGCACCACCAGGAGAUCCCCCACGGACGUCUCAAGUCUCGCAACUGCGUUGUGGACGGGCGGUUUAUGUUGAAGAUCACCGACUACAGCUACGGCGAGCUCCUGGCGCCACUGAGUGACUUAGGCGUUCAGCCCCCUGCAGAAGGUAAGAAGUAAUUGUCAUACUCUGUAUGUUUGUGGUUUUGACCUUGGAAAGGGUCCAGAAACCUCAGCUGAUGCAAAAUGAUGCUGCCCAUCCAUAACCCUACAGUAGUUCUAUCCGCAUUGCAUUGCACUUCUUCUUGUUGUUGUUUAGUCGUUUAGUCAUGUCCGACUCUUCGUGACCCCAUGGACCAAAGCACGCCAGGCACUCCUGUCUUCCACUGCCUCCCGCAGUUUGGUCAAACUCAUGCUGGUAGCUUCGAGAACACUGUCCAACCAUCUCGUGCUCUGUCAUCCCCUUCUCCUUGUGCCCUCCAUCUUUCCCAACAUCAGGGUCUUUUCCAGAGAGUCUUCUCUUCUCAUGAGGUGGCCAAAGUACUGGAGCUUCAGCUUCAUGAUCUGUCCUUCUAGUGAGCACUCAGGGCUGAUUUCCUUAAGAAUGGAGAGGUUUGAUCUUCUUGCAGUCCAUGGGACCAGCACCAUUGCACUUCUUACCCACUGAUUUUCAGGCUCAAUUCAAGGUGUUCAUUUCUCCCUUAAUAGCUCAAAAUCAAGGGCGCAGAACCUUUUCUUAAGCCUGGGGGCAACAUCCUCUUCUGAGCAGCCUUCCAAGGGCCACACACCAGUGAAGGAUGGGGCCAGAGGCACAAGUAGGUGGAGCAAGGAAUAUAAAUGUCAUCGGCUGAUUUCCACAAACACACUCCUCUUUGUCCUGCACCCAGGCAAACAAGGGCAUUUUUUCAGAGUUCAGUGACAUAUUGAAGUAAAGGCAAAAACACUCAAGGUGAGUGUGAAGCAAGGCCGGUGAUGGAUGUAGGCUGAGGUGAGAAGUCAUGGUCUGAGGACACUAUCAAGGGCCAGAAGGAGAGGUCUGAAGGGCCACAUUUGCCCCCUGGGUCUGAGGUUUGCCACCCAGCCCUGAUUUGGCUUAGGAUCUGGAACCUUAAAGGAUCGCUUUCUCUUCUGGGUCCCCUUCCACAGGCUCUCUUUGACCUCUGGGGUCAGGCCUCCCCGUCAGCUGAGGUUCAGCACAAGGAACAGGGCCUUUUCGGUGGUGGCACAGACAGUCUGACUUUCCCUACCUAGAGAGGCCUGCAGGGACCCAUCACUGUAUGGCUAGUUAGGGAGGCCUUUGGGAGAGGCUGAGUCAAUAAUCAGACUACUGAUUCAUUCAUCUAACUCAGUGGUUCUCAAAGGGUGUGGUGAGAAUUAUUAUUUUUUAGAACCACUGAUCUAACUGCUUAUUCAAGUACCAUAAUGUGUCGUGUUGCUUGGCAAUUUUCUGUUUCUGUGUUGUUAACAGCUCUGAGUUCACCUAAAAGAACUCAGUCCCUCAGAUUCUUUAAGGAAGCCAUGACAGUAAACAUUUUGGGGGGGGUUAAAACCUAAUGAAAUUCUUCAGUACAGAUAGGGACUUAGUCUCUAAUGGUGCCAAGAGACUUCACUACUUGCAGUCUAACACAGUGGUCCUUCCUGCAAGCCAUAAUAAUAAUAAUAAUAAUAAUAAUAAUAAUAGUAAUAAUAAUAAAUUUUAUUUAUACCCCGCCUUCCCCAGCCAAUACUGGGCUCAGGGCAGCUAACACCAGGUAUAAAAACAAUUGAUUAAAAUACAACUUAACAACAAGAUUAAAAUGCAACAUUAAAAUGCAGCCUCAUUUCAGUAGAAACCCAAAUCAAAAACUUUUGGGGGAUGAAAACAUCAAAUCUUCACCAAGGCCAACUAUCCAGACUGGUCCUACAUGGGCCAGAAAAAAGCCAGGGAAGUCCCCAAAUAGGAGUUCCAUCACAGAAGGAGAAAGGAAAAAGGAAAGAGGGGGAGGGGAUCAAGUUGAUUCUGGAUAAAUUGAUCUUUUUUCUCCCAGAAUUGCUCUGGACAGCUCCCGAGAUAUUGAGAAAUCCAGCGAUGUCCCCAAAAGGCACCAUAAAAGGAGACGUCUAUAGUUUUGCUAUUAUCCUGCAAGAAGUUGUUCUUCGGGGGCCCCCAUACUGCAUGUCUGAAAUGUCAGCUGAAGGUGAGCACGAUCCGCCCCUCCAGCCCCGGUAUUUGAAUGUGUGCAGCAAAAUAGAAUCAAACACACUCAUUUGAUUUGGCGAGCCAGUGUUGAAGACUAAGCUAGAUACUUGUCAGUAUGCAUUUCUUAGUGCACAAAGUAUUGAUCUGAUGUGUAGAGAUCUUUCCUAUUCUACUUAAUUCAAGAGGGUUCUGGAAGCUUCUCUCUGUGAAAGAAACAAGCAGGAGGUUCCUGAUGUUUGGGUUAUCCCUUCCGAGAAGCUGAGUACAGCUGCUUUAAACUGGUUCUCUUAUCUCUUCUGUUAAGGUGAUGCUGACUUAUAAAAGUAGGGCCAGAAGGAGCCUGCGUUUCACUCUUUCUCUUUCUAUCUCUUUUCCUUCUGGUGUGGUGUUCCGUACACAGUAUGCUUAGUGUUACGUUUUAGACUUAUUAUAAGUUAUUGUAAGUUUAAGUUAAGUCUGCUGCAACUAGAUUUCUUAUGGACAGCGCCAAUCCUGAAUGUAUUGGAUUUGUGACAAUUAUGCUCAUUUGCCUUCAGUAGCAGUAAAGCUCUGCUGGAUGGAAUAUCAAUUGCCUCUGGUCUACAGGUGAAACUCAAAAAAUUAGAAUAUCGUGGAAAAGUUCCUUUCUUUCACUAGUUCAACUUCAAAGGUGAAACUCAUAUAUGAGAUAGACUCAUGACAUGCAAAGCGAGAUAUGCUAAGCCUUUCUUUGUUAUAAUUGUGAUGAUCAUGACGUACAGCUGAUGAAAACCCCAAAUUAACCAUCUCAGAAAAUUAGAAUAUUCAAUGAAAUCAGCAAAACAAGGAUUGCAAAUAGAGCAAGAUUGGACCUCUGAGAAGUAGAAGCAUAUCUCGCUUUGCAUGCCAUGAGUCGAUCUCAUAUGUUAGUUUCACCUUUUAAGUUGAAUUACUGAAAUCAACGAACUUUUCCACGCUAUUCUAAUUUUUCGAGUUUCACCUGUACUUUUUGGGAAUCCUGCAACAUGUUUAAGUUUUUAUUCUGCUAACUAUACAUUGGAAUCUGCUCUGGGUCAAUGUUGAGUAGAAUUUCAGUGACAAUACUGAUCCAAAAGAGGCAGUUUUGUUUUGUUCGCAUGAGGCGGUGCGCUCAUUGGUAGGGGUACAGAACUGGAUCAGGCCAGUCAACCAGAUCCUUGCGCCCCCAGCACUCAUGGGUCGACUCUGACAGGUGGGCGGAGCCACCCACCUGUCAAUUACUUGACAUCAUUAUGACAACAUGGGAUGACUUCAAAGGUGGUGGUGGGAAGGAAAAAAUAAUAUAAGAAGGAAGAUCUAGAUUUGGGGCAAAUACUCUUUGGUGAGAGAACCCCAGUAUGUAGUCCAAGGGACAGGGGUGGGGCACCAGGUUAGGGCAUGCUGUCAUUGUGAAACCCUCUCCUUGCUCCAGAAAUCAUCCGCAAACUGAAGAAGCCUCCGCCGUUGUAUCGCCCAAGUGUUUCCCCAGAAAAUGCCCCACUGGAAUGCAUUCAGCUCAUGAAACAGUGCUGGAGUGAGAGACCAGAUCGAAGGCCAAGCUUUGAUGAGAUCUUUCAAGAGGUCAUUCCUUGUUCCCAUUCCAUCAGGCUUAUGCAGUUAAGAAUGCAUCUUUCUAUAAUAGCUGAUUUCUGAGUUUAAUAUUUUGGGGUGGUUUUCGUUCUACAGUAAUACCUUGGUUCUCGGAUGGCUUAGCUGCUGAACAAAUCGGCUCUCGAACACCACAAACCUGGAAUUACCGUAUUUUUCGCUCUAUAGGACUCAUUUUUUCCCCUCCAAAAAUUAAGGGGAAAUGUGUGUGUGUCCUAUGGAGCGAAUGCAGGCUCCUUGGCUUCAGUGAUAGCAACGCGAAGCCUCCGAAGCGCAGAGGGAGCGCUCCCUCUGCGCUUCGGAGGCUUCGCGUUGCUUUCGCUGAAGCCUGGAGAGCAAGAAGGGUCAGUGCGCACCGACCCCUUUCACUCUCCAGGCUUCAGGGAUAGCUGCCUGAAGCUUUCAGAGUGCAGUGCGAGUUCCCGCUGCGCUCCGGAGGCUUCAGGUUCCUUUUGCUGAAGCCGGAAGAGCAAGACUCUCCAGGCUUCAGCAGAGAGGGAGAGCUGCGCAGCGCCCCUUCAGCCAAGCGAGAGGAGAAAUGGAAGGGGCUCCGUUUCUCCUGCUGCUUCGCUGAAGGGGCGCUGAGCAGAGAGGGGGAGAUUUUUUUUUCUUGUUCUCCCCCUCUACAACAAGGUGCGUCCUAUGAUCGGGUACGUCCUAUAGAGCGAAAAAUACGGGAAGUGUUCCGGUUUGCGAAUGGUUUUCGGAACCUGGACGUCCGACGUGGCUUCUGUUUGAGUGCAGGAAGCUCCUGCAGCCAACUGGAAGCUGUAUCUUGGUUUUCGAAUGGUUCCAAGAGUGAAACAGACUUCCGGAAUGGAUUAAGUUCGAGAACCAAGGUACUACUGUAUGUGCAGUUGUUGCAAACUAUGCUGAUAUUUUUAACAAAUAGCAGUAUUUUUUAUAAAGAAUGAAUGCAUGAAUAAAAUAAUGGGCAUGAUGAACUUCGAUUCAUUAUUUUCAACAGGACUGCUCUGGGUAUAACUUGGCUGGAUAAAACCUUAUGCUUUCCACCCAUCUGUUCCUACUUGUGCGUAACUUAUUCUUUAGCCAAUCAGCUUAGUCUCCCUGAGUCAGCUGGAGAACUGAGCACCAAAGAACCUUGUUCUAAUUCUCCAACCCCAGUUCAAAUCCAUCAAUAAAGGCAGACGGACCAAUAUCAUCGACUCCAUGCUGCAGAUGCUGGAGCAGUAUUCCAGCAACCUGGAAGACUUGAUCCGAGAGCGGACAGAGGAGCUGGAGAUGGAAAAGCAGAAGACGGACAAACUCCUGACUCAGAUGCUUCCCCUGUAAGUCGAAAUGUCAGGGCAAUAACCCUGCCCCAAGCUGCUUCCAAGUGGGAAAAAGUGCUGCUAUAAUAAAUAAUAAUAAUAAAUUUUAUUUAUAUCCCGCCCUCCCCAGCCGAAGCCGGGCUCAGGGCGGCUAACAACAAUAAAAUAGUACAACAUUCUAAAAACAUUUCAUUAUAAAAAUUAAUUAAAAUCAAAUUGAUGGCAACCAUUAAGCUAAAGUUCUGUGAAGAUUGCCAAAGGAGGGAGUCAGGCUGCGCCCAGACCAAAAGCCUGGUGGAACAGCUCUGUCUUGCAGGCCCUGCGGAAAGAUGUCAAGUCCCACAGGGCCCUAGUCUCUUGUGACAGAGCGUUCCACCAGAUCGGAGCCACCGCCGAAAAAGCCCUGGCUCUAGUUGAGGCCAGCCUAACCUCUCUGUGGCCCGGGACCUUCAGGAUGUUUUUAUUUGAGGACCGUAAGUUCCUCCGUGGGACAUACCAGGAGAGGCGGUCCCGUAGGUACGAGGGUCCUAGGCCGUAUAGGGCUUUAAAGGUUAAAACCAGCACCUUAAACCUGAUCCUGUACUCCACCGGGAGCCAGUGCAGCUGGUAUAGCACCGGGUGAAUGUGAUCUCGCAGUGAAGACCCCGUAAGGAGUCUCGCUGUGGCAUUCUGCACCCGCUGGAGUUUCUGGGUCAGUCUCAAGGGCAGCCCCACGUAGAGUGAGUUACAAUAAUCCAGUCUGGAGGUGACCGUCGCGUGGAUCACAGUGGCUAGGUCAGGGCAAGAGAGGUAAGGAGCCAACUGCUUAGCUUGGCAGAGAUGAAAAAAUGCCGCCUUUGUUAUAGCUGCAAUCUGCGCCUCCAUGGAGAGGGAGGUAUCGAAGAUUACACCCAAACUCUUAACGGACGGUGCUGGCACUAAUUGCACCCCCGCAAGAGAUGGGAGUUGCCCCCUCAAUCCCAUAUUGUCCCGACCCAGCCAGAGGACCUCUGUCUUCGAAGGAUUUAACUUCAACCAGCUCCCACAUAACCAUCCAGCCACAGCUUCCAAACAUCUGAUCAGUGUGUCUGGGGCCGAGUCAGGAUGGCCAUCCAUCAACAGAUAGAGUUGGGUGUCAUCAGCAUAUUGAUGGCAGCCCAGCCCAAAACUCGGGACAAGCUGGGCAAGGGGGCGCAUGAAGAUGUUAAAAAGUAUCAGGUAGAGUAUCGCACCCUGCUGCUGCAGACUGGGGAGAAGGAAGAGAAGCGAGUGACAAAUAUUGGUCACUGCCACUUUAACUCUGUCACUUCAACCUUGCGUGAAAUGGGAAUGACCUCCAAGAAUUCUGUAUCUUCUGAUAUUUGCAAGCUAUUCCAAUUAAGUUAACUUAACAUAUUUAAAUAAAUAGUCUUUAAAUUUCUUCCAUUCCUCCUGGUACUCCUCCUCCUUCUGGUCACGGACACUUCUAGUCAGGUCAGCGAGCUCCGAAAAGUCCAUCAUCUUCAUCUGCCAAUCUUCCACUGUUGGUAUUUCUUGUCAGAUAGGCUUAGGAUUUAAUUAUGUAAUGUGACGAAUUAUUAUGUUUAAUGCCAAAUUUGAAAGAAAGAAAGAUGAUAAGUGAUUAAGUUAAUUUUAUAAGAAUAUUGGUUUUGGAAAACUGUUAACAUGAUAUACAUUGAAAUUCAACCAGGGGGAUACGAGGAAGUCACUUAACAAUGUUACUAAGAUUGGUUCAAAUAAGGUUGAGAUUUUUGUUUGUUUGUUUAAAAAACUUUUUGGAAAAUUAAUUUUAAAAAAAUCAGAAGAAUUCUGUAUCUUCUGUACUGGUCAAGUCAGAUCUGGAGUCACAGGUGGCUUUAGGGGAGCACAACUGGUUUGUCCGCACUGGGCACUGAGCCAAGAGGGUGCUGUAACAAUAAUGUAGAAUGGAAGGUGAGGAGUGCCUGGAUUUUAACAUCACACAGGGGUCUGCUGAGAUUUUAAAGCCGACUUCCACUGCUGGGUGUAAUGAUCUCAGGAAGGCAAGCAAGCCCCCAUAAGAAUUAAUGAGUCUUAUCGCAUGUUUAUUUACAAUUUAUAUUCAGAGUGUGGCUCCGAGCCUGCCGCUCUUUGCUACGAGUUGGUCACCCUGAGUCUCCGCCCCUUUCGCAGCACGAAGGGCACCAAAGUCCAGUCCUUCCUCUCUUGUACUUCCAUUGCAUUUUAACCCUUUCAGCUCUUCUGGUUCAGGGAGAAGGUGGGUGAACUCCCCCAACUAUUAAACGAAGAUCCCUCCAAAUGUUGCCUCUUCCCUGGUUGCAUAGCAACCCCCUCAAUACCAUCUAUCUCCUCCCCUCCCUCUGCCUGCAAGCUUUCCGAGUCUGCUGCUCUAUCUGAGUCUGGGAACUCUCAGUGAAGGAGGCCCUGAACUAAACCACUCCUGCUCUGUCUGUGGCUGCAAUCCCUUGUCUCCAGAGUCAGACUCUGGCUCCCUCUGUACUGGCAUUCCUUCGUCUCCAGAGUCAGCCUCUUCCCACGCAUUCAAUUCAGCCACGUCCCGGACACUGGGAUAUUUUGUCCAGCUCUGUCCAUGUGCUGGGCCCGGGGGUAACCCAAGCAAUGCGGUCCAGGUCCAGUCCCAAAUCCAAGGGUUCUGUGAGGAGUCAGUCCGACAGGGCCAAGGCAGGUCACGAGGAGGGAAACCAGGCAGGGUCAGGCACAGGGUCUCAGGCAGGUGCUAGCAAACAGCAACGUUGCUCCCGCAACCUGGGGCGGGGUCUGACGGCCUUUUAUCUUUGUCGGGGUAGCAGCCAGUCCUGAUCCCCCAGCGACUCACCUUCCUGUCUCGCCUGAAGGCGAGCACUCCUCCUGCGAGUACCCAGGUCUCUCCUUCACAGAUCUCAGUCUCUGCAGCUCUGGAGAUGUCAGUGGGUUACUAGACCAGAGGCCACCUCAGCCUCCCCUGACCCAACCAGUAGUGGAGCAGCUAUAAGUGAUGGCCCCAGCUGAAGACAACGAGGUCAUCCCCGCAUCUGGAGCCAGGGCAGGCUCCGGCCCCUGACUCGGCCCAGCUGGUGCUUGUUGCAGGGGAACCUGGGGCUCUUCAGAACCAGGCCCCAGACUUGGUUUAGAUGACACCUGAGACUCCUCUGGUUCCGAGUCUGAGCCCGAGUCCCAGGCCAUCACAGUCCACCACAUUUGAAGGAGGACAUUGGCAAACUGAAACAUGUCCAGAGGAGGGUGGCCAGCAUGAUGAGGGGUCUGGAAUCCAGGUCUUGUGAGAACAUGAGAAGGUAAUUAGAGUCUGCUGGACCAGGCCAAUGGCCUGUCUAGGUCAGCAUCCUGGUCUCAUCAGAUGCCUGUGGGUAUCCUACAAUCAGAACUGAACGCAACAGCGCUCUUCCCUCCUACAGUUCCCAGCCGCUGAUAUUCAGAGUUGUGGAGGUCGAAUAUAAAUGCAAUAAUUAAAUAAUCCAUAAACAGCCUGCCAAGACAUCUCAAUGUCUUGAGCCUUAGAAGAUUCUGCACUUCCUGUCGCUCAGGUUGACAUCCUCGUGUCGUUUCAGGUCGGUGGCGGAAACGCUGAAAACCGGGGCCACCGUUGAACCUGAGUAUUUUGACGAGGUCACCAUCUACUUCAGCGACAUCAUUGGCUUCACGACCAUCUCCGCCCUCAGCGAGCCCAUCGAGAUCGUGGACCUUCUCAAUGACCUUUACACUCUGUUUGAUGCCAUCAUUGGCCAUCAUGACGUCUACAAGGUGAGGUCUUGGCACACCUACUUUGGAGGAGGAUGUGUGUGUGAGGGAAACAUGAGCCUUCUAGAGAAGGCUCCAGAUGAAGGUGGAGUCUUAAGAGCCAACAGUACUUCUCCAGAUGAUCUGAGUGUUCAGGCUGGGAAAUAAGGGCUUGAGGGGGGCGGUGGUCCUUCAGGUAUCCUGGGCCCAAGUUGUGGAGCAUCACAAGAACUUUGAACCUGGCCUGGUCGCCUAUGAGCCUUGCUUGACGCAGAUCCUACUGCUCCACCACAACCCGCACAAGAAGUGAGCAUCAUUUAGCCUUCAGCUCUUAGUCAACCCAUCUGCAGUUCUAAUUGCCCUUUGGGGAAAAGCAAUAUUCUUUGAUUUCCAGGUGGAAACCAUCGGCGACGCCUAUAUGGUGGCUUCAGGGCUUCCGAAACGCAACGGCCGCAGACAUGCCUCUGAGAUCGCCAACAUGUCCCUGGACAUCCUCAGCUCCGUGGGGUCAUUUCGAGCGAAACACCUCCCCCACGUGCCCAUCAGGGUACGGAUGGGGCUGCAUUCAGGUAAUGCUGUUAACCCACUCUCUGCCUUACUUGGGCUCGUAGUGAAAAAAUGUGGAAGUGUCAGUCUUGGGGAAAACAGGAAGUCAGAUUCUUGGUCCACCUAGUGCAUGGGUAGGCAAACUAAGGCCCGGGGGCCAGCUCUGGCCCAGUCUCCUUCUGGAUCCGGCCUGCGGACGGUCCAGGAUUCUCCGGGGAUCUGAUCGUUGGGGCUGCGCUAGCACGAGUGUUCAGCUGCUCCUCCUCCCUCCUCCUGGCUUCUCCCUGCCCUGCCUAGAGCAGAGAGGAAGGGUGCUCGGCUUUGUUGGUGACAGCAGCAGCAGCGUUAGCGCUUGAGUGGCCGCCAUUGUAAGCGGACUCAUUUCGGGCUUUGUUGCUGCUGGCCCCUCUCCAGAGCCCUUUCGCACACCGCUCAUUGUCCCGCCGCCACCGCCAGCCCCUGCCGCUUGCAAGACACAGGUAGGCAGCCACCGGGGCUCGUCCACUGCUGUGGAGAAGGGAGGGGAGAGUCAGGGGGGAAUGGCUUACCUGAGUACAGUGGUACCUCGGGUUACAGACACUUCAGGUUACAGACGCUUCAGGUUACAGACUCUGCUCACCCAGAAAUAGUGCCUUGGGUUAAGAACUUUGCUUCAGGAUGAGAACAGAAAUCAUGCGGUGGCAGCAGGAGGCCCCAUUAGCUAAAGUGGUACCUCAGGUUAAGAACAGUUUCAGGUUAAGAACGGACCUCCAGAACGAAUUAAGUUCUUAACCCGAGGUACCACUGCAGAAUGUGUCCUUUUAUUUAAAAUGCAUCUCUGGGUUAUUUGUGGGAAUUCAUUCAUUUUAAAAAAAAAGUCUGGCCCCCCCACAAGGUCUGAGGGACAGUGGACCGGCCCCCUGCUGAAAAACUUUGCCGGUCCCUGAUUCUAGUGCAACUGUCUGUUGUCUCCCAUAUCUGUUCCUGGACAUUCCAUAAGAACUGGAAAUGCUGAGGAACUGAACUGGAGAGCUUUCCAAAGGUCAUCUUCUGAGUCAGGAUGUGAUCUAAGAUGACUCUAUCACCAGUGGUGUAGCAUAGGUUGCCCCGGGGGGGGAGCCAAAUAUUGUACCCCCGGUUAGGGCUGGGCGGCAGCAGCAAUGGUGAUGGGGAAGGGUCUUCCCAGCAGAGGGAAGCGGGGGAGGGGCCAGCAACAGCGGCCACUUAUUUUAUUAUUAUUUAUUUCAUGAAUUUCUUACACCGCUUGAUUGCUGUUGUAUCUUUUUUUAAAAAACACCCUCAAAGCGGUUUAUUUUUCUUUUGAAAUUUUGCUUUAUCUCGCCAAUGAAAGGAGCUAACUUAGAAGUAUUCAGGCUGGACCUAAACAUAGAGAGAAAGUCGUGUGUGUGUGUGUGUGUGUGUGUGUGUGUGUGUGUGAUAGAGAGAGAGAGAGAGAGAGAGAGAGAGGGAGGGAGGGAGGGGGAGAGGGAGGAGAAAGGGAGGAGAGGGUGUGCUGGGCCUGGGGGUAAUCCGAGCGACGCGGUCCAGGUCUGGUCCUGAAUCCAAGGGUUCUGUGAGGAGUCAGUCCGACAGGGCCAAGGCAGGACACAAGGCAGGAAACCAGGCAAGGUCAGGCACAGGGUCUCAGGCAGGUUCUAGCAAACAGCAACGUUGCUCCCGCAACCUGGGGAGGGGUCCGACAGCCUUUUAUCUUUGUCGGGGUAAUGGCCGGCCCUGAUCCCCCAGCGACUUGCUUCCAUGUUUAGCCCAAAGGCGAGCACUCCUCCCGCGAGUACUCAGGUCUCUCCUUCUCUCAGACCUCAGUCUCUGCAGCUCGGGAGACGUCGGUGGGUUACUAGACCCAGGGGCCGCCUCAGCCUCUCCUGACCCAACCAGUAGUGGAGCAGCUGUGAGUGAUGGCCCAACUGAAGGCAACGAGGUCAUCCCCACAUCUGGAGCCAGGGCAGGCUCAGGCCCCUGACUCGGCCCAGCUGGUGUUUGAUGCAGGGGAACCUGUGCGGACUGGGACUCUUCAGGAUCAGGCCCCAGACUUGGUUCAGAUGAUGCCUGAGGCAGAGGAUCCAGUGCAGACUGAGUCUCCUCUGGUUCCGAGUCUGAGUCCCAGGCCAUCAGAGAAGGAGAGGGAGAGGGACAGGGAGAGGAGGAGGAGAAGGAGAAGGGAGGAAGAGAAAGGGAAGGAGGAGGAGGAGGAGGAGGAGGAGGAGGAGGAGGAGAAGGAGUCUCUUUUCCAAGCAGAGGGGCCCAGAUGGGUGUGUGUUUGUCAAGACCUUGAAAUCUUUGGCCUGUAGCCACCCAGCCCUGCUCUGAGUUUGUAGGUUCCCCCUGGCAUCCUCGAUGGUUAUUGCAGAAGAUUAGCUAACGUGCCUCAUCAGCCUAUCCAGCACUUCUGGCAAGCAGCCGUUGGGGUAAGGAAAAACAACAAGGACGAGUCUGUGGAGGAGAAAUCUGACCUAAUUAGACAUCCGAGCUGCAUCUUGGAAACCUGUUGCUCUCAAGAGUCGCCUGAUGGAGGCUGUCUGGACAAGGGAGAAGACUCUUGCACCAAGGGGUUGGGCAGGGGUUGAUGGCUUGUUUAAAAGUUUACGUGCCAUAGUGAAAGUGUAUUAGAGAAAAUUUUCCUUCCUCUCUCAUAACACUAGAACUCCAGUGAAGGUGAAUGUUGGAAGUUUGUUGCUGUUGAGUCGUUUUGUAGUGUCUGACUCUUUGUGACCCCCUGGACCAGAGCACGCCAGGCACUUCUGUCUUCCACUGCCUCCCGCAGUUGGUCAAACUCAUGCUGGUAGCUUCGAGAACACUGUCCAACCAUCUCGUCCUCUGUCGUCCCCUUCUCCUUGUGCCCUCCAUCUUUCCCAACAUCAGGGUCUUUUCCAGGGAGUCUUCUCUUCUCAUGAGGUGGCCAAAGUAUCGGAGCCUCAGCUUCAGGAUCUGUCCUUCCAGUGAGCACUCAGGGCUGGUUUCCUUAGGAAUGGAGAGGUUUGAUCUUCUUGCAGUCCAUGGGACUCUCAAGAGUCUCCUCCAGCACCAGAAUUCAAAAGCAUCCAUUCUUCAGCGAUCAGCCUUCUUUAUGGUCCAGCUCUCACUUCCAUACAUCACUACUGGGAAAACCAUAGCUUUAACUCUACGGACCUUUGUUGGCAAGGUGAUGUCUCUGCUUUUUAAGAUGCUGUCUAGGUUUGUCAUUGCUUUUCUCCCAAGAAGCAGGCAUCUUUUAAUUUCGUGGCUGCUGUCACCAUCUGCAGUGAUCAUGGAGCCCAAGAAAGUAAAAUCUCUCACUGUUGGAAGGUUAAGGACGGACAAAAGGAAGGACUUUUUAAGAUAUGAAGUUCUUUUUAAGAUAUGAAGCUUCCCUAAAUGUCGCCACCUUUCCUCACAAGGGAGUUGAUCCAGCCCCUUGAUCACUGUUUCCCUAGAAUCAUAGAGUUGGAAGGGACAUCUAGUCCAACCCCCUACAAUGCAGGAAUCUCAACCCAUGACAGAUGGCUAUCCAACCCCUAAAAUUGUCUUCAGUGUCCCAAGUGCGGUCACCCCAUAGAUAUGUAUAACGGCAGUAUAAUUUUCAGACUGCCAUGUGUGUCGUGUGGGUGUUCAUAAGCACCGUAUUUCUCAACAUGGGGUUGGUGAGGGAACCCUGACAAAUGGCUUGGAUUUUCUGUUUUCUGGACUACCUCUGGAAAGGAUGAAGCUGUCACUCAGGGAUAAGAUAACAGACAGAAAAACACAGCUCGUCUGGAGGAUUAGUUAAUCAGAUCUCCAGUUCCCCCCGAAAAAAGGAGGUGGGGAGGCUGGGUGGUCUGAGACUUUGCCAGGAAUUGUAAAGAGUUUUGAGUCUGACUUCCAGCCAGCGGUGGAAAUUUGUACGGCGACACACUCUGAACAGCUGGUGUCUGCAUUUGACGUUCCACGAAAUCUGGGUUGAUAUCCGAAAGCUGACAGUUUGGCGUGUGACACUGUUGAGCAUUGGAGAGCAUUUAAGCAUUUAAGAGCUGCGGUGUUUAGCAGCUGAGAACGUUUAACCGGUGACAUACCUGACGUGUGACAGACGGCAAAGUAGGGACAACAAUUCAGAAGCGCAGGGUGCCUUCACAAAAUUCAUAGCCACUCUCCCCCACGGCCCCUUCUGAAAUUACCCAACCAUCAAAGAUUAAACAAUCAUCUUAUAAUUAUGCUACAAUGAUAAUUGGAGGGAAAGUAUUGGGGGGGGUCUAUAAAUGUAACAAACAAGGAGAUCAGAAUGUGCCAGGUUCCUGGUGUUUUAGGUAGGGCAGGGGAAAACCUCUGUCUGAAGAUCACAGGCUGGUUUGCAACUUUGAACAGUCCUCUUUUAUCCAGCCCUUUAUUCCAAACCAUGGAUUCUUGCUUUAUUUUUCUUUUUAUAUAUAUAUACAUUUUUAACAUAUUAAUGAUCAUUCAUACAACAAAACUUCUCAUCUUAUACAAUAAUUUUUGGACUUCCGUCAACACCUCUGAUGAUUUCCCGUUCUUAUCACUUAUUAUGCAUUUCUUAAUUUCAUAUUACCUUUAAUUAUCUUUAACUAACAAUUCUCCUCAUUAUCUUUUUUGCAAUAUUUCAAAUAAUUCACCUUACAAAACCUCUUGCAAACCUACUAGCAUUAUCUGUUCAUCACAAUUACUUUUCAAGUAGUCUGUAAAUUUACUCCAGUCUUCUGAGAAUCUCUGGUCCCGCAGGUUUCGAAUUCUUCCUGUUAGUUUAUCUAAUUCUGCAUAGUCCAUCAUUUUCGUCCUCCAUUCUUCUUUCGUCGGUAAUUCUUCUUGCUUCCAAUUUUGCGCCAAUAAUAUUCUUGCUGCCGUCAUUGCAUACAAAAAUAACUUACAAUCCUUUCUGCUUAUAUCAUCACCUGCAAUGCCAAGUAAAAAUGUUUAUGGUUUCUUAAUAAAUGUAUAUUUCAACAUUUUUUCCAUCUCAUUAUAUAUCAUUUCCCAGAGGUUUUUCACUUUUUUACAUUCCCACCACAUGUGAUAAAAUGUUCCUUCUUUUUCUUUGCGGAUUCUUGCUUUAUUUUUAGGGGAAAUGGACCUAGUUCGGUCUUAGAGCCCAUGCUUUGCAUGCAAAAGGCCCCGGUUCCAAUCCUUGGUGUAGCUGGGCAGGGCUGGAAAAACCCGCGUCCAGAUCUGAAGACUUGCACCCAAGAUUGAGGGGACCUGGUGCUGGUGUGAUGUCAUGUGUGCGAUGUGCAUGCGUGACAUGUGCGUGAUGUGUGUCACAUCGCUGGGAGGAGGCCGAGUGGGGAGCCCAGCGUGGGGUGGCCUCCUCUCUUGCACUCAGGAGGGGCCAGUCGCUGAAAACACACCAUUCUCAGCUCCACGCUUGACCCCUUCCGCCCCCUCAGCAUUGAAGGGACCCUCCCCACAGAUCUUGAGGGGGCCGAAGACACCUCGGCCCAUAGAAUUGGCACCAGUGCCCAUGUCUGAAACCAGGGAGAGCCUCUGCCGGUCAGUGUUGGCAUUAGAAAGCUAGAUGGACUAAGGGUUCCUGUGUUUCAAUAUCUGGUGCAUCUCAUAUCCAUUCCACUUUCACCCAAUGCAUUUCUGUUUUCUAGGUCCGUGUGCUGCUGGGGUGGUGGGUCUCACUAUGCCACGCUACUGUCUCUUUGGGGACACGGUGAAUACAGCUUCACGGAUAGAGUCCACCGGGUUGCGUAAGUCUUCUUGGGGUGUUUUUUUUUUAGCAAAUGCUGGCUUGACAACAAGCACAGUGAUACCUUGGUUCUCAAACUUAAUCUUUUUCUGGAAGUCCGUUCCAAAACCAAAGCGUUCAAAAGCCAAGGUGUGCUUUCCCAUAGAAAGCAAUGCAAAAUGGAUUAAUCCGUUCCAACCUUUUAAAAGCAACCCCUAAAACAGCAAUUUAGCAUGAAUUUUACUAUCUAACGAGACCGUUGCUCCUUAAAAUGAAAGUAUAAUCAAUGUACUGUACUAUAAAAUAAAUAAAACAGUAUUGUAGAUGAUGAUGAUGAUAAUUUCUUACCCGCACUAAUGAUAGUCAUUGUUUGGCUGGGGGGGGAGGCUUUUAUCCAUUCCCGCGGUCACACAAUCAGUCAGUCAAUCAAUCAAUCAAUCAAUCAAUCAAUCAAUCAGCAACUGAACUGGGAUCCACACAGUCACAAAAACAAAUUAACUGAAAAAGCCUCAAAACAAAAGACGCAAAAUAAAUAGCAAAAACAAAACCACCAAAUAUAAGCUCCAAAUAUCACCUCAGAACACUGCAUUUGGAAACGGAAGGCUUGAAUUACAAUGGGGGGGUGCAAAUUAGCAGCUCAACAGGAAACACAGGGGGACUCAAAACGGAGUACAUUCAACUUCCAAAAAAAAGUUUGAAAACCAGAACACCUACUUCCGGUUUUGCAGCAUUUGGGUUUCAAGUUGUUUGUGAACUAAACUGUUCGAAAACCGAGGUGCCACUGUACUGAAAACGUUCUCAUGCAAGGCCUUUUGAAUGGAUUCGUUUUUGUUACAAUCGACUAUUGAUUUGCGAGUAGGAACCACUCCCACUACUGAAACUUAUAUUGGCCUAAGUUCUUGGUGUGCUUUUAUCUUGGUAUAGAUGGGCCAUUGGCCUGAUCCUGCAGGCUCUCUUUGUGUUCUUAUGUAUAAUUGAGGUAGAUCACUCCGGGAGAAUCGAAAAACGUUCCCAGUGAGCUGCAAUAAUUAGCUGUGGGGGUAUGUGUGUAGUUUAACUGCUUUAGAAUGUUUUGAAUAUUUUCAUUGUAUUGUAAUUAUAUUGUUCUCUGGCUGUUGGCCAUUCUAGGCUCCUUGGGGAGGAAGUUGGGGAAACAAAGUGAUUAAACCAAUGCAUAAAAACGAUGUUAAAACCAAUUUUUUAAACACAUUUCAACCCGUUGGCCAAAGGCCUGUCUGAAUGAUUGAAUAAGCAGCUCUUCCUGCCAGUGGAACGUCCUCAGAGAUAGAUUAGGCCUCUCUUGGAUGGGGAAAGACCUACAUAAAUCAGUGGUGGAACACCUGCUUUUCUGCAGAAGGCCCCAGAUUCCUUCCCUGGCAACCCCAGGAAGUGAUGAGAAAGUUUCCACGCCCAAAAUCCUAGAGAGCCUCUGCCGGUCAGUGCAGGCAGCAGUGAGAGAGAUAGAGCAAUGGUCUGACUCAGUAAAUGGCAGCUUCCGAAGUUCCUACCAAUUCCUGCUCCACCUCUAUUGGUGCUUUUCGAAAAUAGGCACCAACGGCAGGGCCGGCCCAAGCCAUUUUGCCGCUUGAGGCAAAACAAGAUGGCGUCCCUGCCUUCUCCGUCACCAGCUGAGGUGACUGGAUGCAGCCCAGGGAAGCAGUUGCAUGCUGAAAGCAGGAGGGAAGAGAGAGAAAAGCAAACCCUUUAACACGUCACGGAUAAAAACUAGGACGCCAUCUUCCUGGGCAGCACGCCUGCACAAGUCAUUGAAAUAUACUCGGAGUUGAGAGUGGAUUUCAUGCUCUUUAUUCAGCUCAUAGUGGUGAGGAGGAAUGGAAGUUCCCCCAGAAUGUCUGCUUUAUAUAUAUUAUUUAUACAAUGGACCCCACAUGAUUGGCUAAUUCCGGGAUUCUCCUGCAGGCCAAUCAGGUUGCGGAUUCACUUCCGCUUGGAGCUGGAUUGGGUGGCUCCUGUGGACCAAUCAGACUGCUGCAUUCUGGAUCCUAUUGUUCUAGGACCAAUCAGACUGCUGCAUUCUGGAUCCUAUUGUUCUAGGGCCAAUCCGACUGCUGCAUUCUGAAUCCUAUUGUUCUAGGACCAAUCAGACUGCUGCAUUUUGGAUCCUAUUCAACUCAGUACAUAACAGUCAUGUUACCCCAUACAAGAUUGUGGCCCUGAAAAAAAGCUUUUUGGGGGGCCAAGGCUGCGGCGGCCAUUUUGGGUGCCAAGAUCUCGCGUGAAAAAAGGGAUGUCCCGGUUUUUUGGGUACAGUUCAGGGGUAUGAAAACAGAGGGUGGAAAGGAGCAGCCAUGGUGGCAGCGGCCUUAGUCAUCCCAAGUGGCAAGUGGUGUUCUCCUCAGGGGCCUUCAGAGGAGAGGAGGAGGUGACAAUUAUUGGUGGGCAGGUGGCUCUUCCUUUAAAAUUUUUUUUUUCAAAGAUCUUUAUUGAAACUUAACGUGUAUACAUAAUAACCAAAAUUACCAAUGAUUCCCUCACAUAAAAUAUAAUAUCUAAAUUACAACAUUUGCAUAAUUAUACACUUAAUUAUAAAACCCACCACCCACCCUCUACUUCCCUCCACAGCAAUUCGACUUCUUUAUAUUUCUUUCCACCUUUUCUUCCCUUGCAUUCUAUAAUAAACUACUUUUGUUAAAUUCUGAUUUUUCCUACUUUCUUUGUUUUGUUACGGCUUACACUUUUUAUUCUAAGCCUACUAACAUGUCAUUUUUAGAACAAUAUUUUGACGUAUAACCUUCGAAAUACUUCCACUCCAUUCUUAACUAUUGAUUUGAUCGAUAUCUUACAAUCAAAGUUAAGUUUGCCAAUUCUAUAUACGCACUUUAUUUACAAAUCCACUCUUCCUUGGUUGGUAUGUCCUGAGAUUUCCAUUUAGUAGCAGUCACUACCGUGGCAGCUGUUGUUGCAUAUAAAAAGAUUGGGUUUUUUCAUAUGUGGUAUGUCUUUGCCCGGGCAGGUGGCUCUUUCUGAGUUGGUGGAGGAACCUUCCCCAUUAGGGGGAGACUAAGAUGGCGGUGGUUCCUUUCCUCAGCCAAAGAAGGUGCGGCAAAGACAUGUGAGGGGCGCCCCUCUCUUUCCAGAUCUGCCACCCCACCCAGCUUUUCUCCCGCCUGGCUCUGCAACUGGUGUAGCCGCUCUGUGAAUUGCCUACUGUGGUCCUCUAGCAGUUCAAACUCUUCCAGUAGCCGACGCUGAGUGCUUUCCUGAUCCUCAGAUCCUAGCCGCUCCAGCGUCGCUGCAGACAAUUACGGCUUGCAACCAACUGCUCCAACGCACAGCCACUGGCUCCAUAAACCACCAGGACUCCCCAGCUCCCUGCUGAGAUGCUGUCAGUCGUUUUGUACUCUGCACAUGCUCAGAAACACUGGGCCCAUAACCUGUCAGUGUUUGUAAAAAAAAAAAAAAGGUUCUGACCUCCCUUUGUCUCCUCAGCCUGGUCCUCAGACCCUUGCCAGCAUAAAAGAAUCCACAAGAAUAUCCUCGCAGAGCACUUUCUGCUUUUAUUCUUAAAAGUCUUUGUGCAAAAGCGAUUGACCAACUGUACACACAUCAACACAACCAGCUUUCACUAACCAACCAACCAACCCAACAAACAAACUAACAUUUCUCACUCUAUAUAUACAACCCGGUGCAGGCCGCUGACUCAUGCUGACCCUGCUUUUUAAGCAUUAAGGAAACAGCGGCCAUUUUAGCCGUGACACUGCCGCCCGAGGCGACUGCCUCAGCGAGGCUGAUGGGUGGGCUGGUCCCGACAGGUAGACUCUGACACUUGGAAACGUGACAAAGAUCUGAAGUUGAAACUUUUCUUCCUUUCCCCCCUUUUUUUAAAAAAAUAAAAAUGGCAGCGUACAGAAUCCACAUCAGCCGAAGCACCAUGAAAACCCUGAAGAGCCUAAACGAAGGUUACAAAGUAGAAUUCAGGGGAAAGACGGAGCUGAAGGUAAGGAAUCUGAUCUGGACGGAGACAACUGUCUGGAAGGCUCUUGUCUCCUGGCCAACCUUCUUGCUUUGCCAAAGACAACAUUUUUGCUUUCAGGGGAGUGAUAGAGCAACGAGGGGCCAAAGCUCAGUGACGGAACAUAUGCUUGGCAUGCGGAAGGUCUCAGGUUCAGCCCCCAGGCAGGGCUGCACAUGUUCACUGCCCAACACCCUGGAGAGAUGCUUCCAGUCAGUGUAGGCCAUGGGUAGGCAAACUAAGGCCCAGGGGCCGGAUGCGGCCCAAUCGCCUUCUAAAUCCGGCCCGUGGACAGUCCGGGAAUCAUCGUGUUUUUAAUUUGAGUAGAAUGUGUGCUUUUAUUUAAAAUGCAUCUGGGUUAUUUGUGGGGCAUAGGAAUUUGUUCAUCCCCCCCCAAAAAAAAUACAGUCUGAGGGACAGUGGACCAGCCCCCUGCUGAAAAAGUUUGCUGACCCCUGGUGUAGGCUGACUCUAGACCAUCGCUGUUAACCAUCCAUUUUUUUGCGGGAAAUUCCCGCUGUGGGUUAAACCAGAGAGCCUAGGACUUGCCAAUCAGAAGGUCGGCGGUUUGAAUCCCCGCGACUGGGUGAGCUCCCAUUGCUCGGUCCCUGCUCCUGCCAACCUAGCAGUUCGAAAGCACGUCCAAGUGCAAGUAGAUAAAUAGGUACCACUUCGGUGGGAAGGUAAACGGCGUUUCCGUGCGCUGCUCUGGUUUGCCAGAAGUGGCUUAGUCAUGCUGGCUACAUGACCCGGAAGCUGUACGCCGGCUCCCUCGGCCAGUAAAGCGAGAUGAGCACCGCAACCCCAGAGUCGGUCACAACUGGACCGAAUGGUCAGGGGUCCCUUUACCCUUAUUCCAGCGCCGUUUCCCGCUGCUUCCCGCUGCUAUCCCGGAUUGUUAGAUAUCCUGUAGACUGUCCCCGGGACAGGGGAGGCUGCUGAUCCCUUAUUUUCAAAUCUGAAAGUUGACAGCUAUGCUCUAGACUGAUUCUAUUAGAAGGCAGUCUCCUUUGUUCAUCUGCACAAACACCAACCAUCAAAAAUAGAGAAUGGCCACAGGUUGCAGACAGGACAUCUGCUGUGAAUGCAGAAGGUUCAUUUCAUUUUAGGAAAUUCGCUCCAAAAACCAACACUUCUGACAUGGGUUGCCAUAUGUCCGGCGGGAAGGUAAACGGAGUUUCCGUGCGCUGCUCUAGUUCACCAGAAGCGCCUUAGUCAUGCUGUCCACAUGACCCGGAAGCUGUACGCCGGCUCCCUCGGCCAGUAAAGCGAGAUGAGCGCCGCAACCCCAGAGUCGGCCACGACUGGACCUAAUGGUCAGCGGUCCCUUUACCUUUACCUUUUAUGCACCACACAAGGUGCCCUCUUCCUCCUCCUCCUCCUGCACUUCUCCAAAUCUGAUCUGGAGGGUUGGGGAACCCCCAGGGCAGAUCUGCAGAUUUUGGGGGUUCCCGGGUAUACAGGGGGACUGGGGAAAAUUCUGUUGCACAUGCAGGAUUUGUUGUGUUUGUGCAAUUACUUUGCUGGGCCGAACAGAUCUGCACUUCCCAGUCGGAAGACUUCUGGUUAUUAUUUGCAAAAUUGCACUGACCUUUCCAGUGAGUUUUUGAUGGUCUCCCUUCUCCAUGCUUGUAGGGCAAAGGGUUAGAAGAAACCUAUUGGCUGGUAGGAAAGAAGGGCUUCACCAAACCGUUACCACGUCCUCCUGAAGUGAAACCAGGGUGAGUACAGUUGUGGGCUUUAACAACAACAACAACACACACACACACAAAUUCACAGUGGUACCUCAGGUUACUGACACUUCAGGUUGCAGACGCUUCAGGUUACAUACGCUUCAGGUUACAGACUCCUCUAACCCAGAAAUAGUACCUCAGGUUAAGAACUUUGCUUCAGCAUGAGAACAGAAAUCGCGCAGCAGCGACGCGGCGGCAACAGGAGGCCCCAUUAGCUAAAGUGGUACCUCAGGUUAAGAACAGUUUCAGGUUAAGAACAGACCUUCGGGUGGCUCAAAACAGAAUAUUAAAAAUACAAUAAAACAUCAAACAUUUAAAACUUCCCUAAACAGGGCUGCCUUCAGAUGUCUUCUAAAAGUCUGGUAGUUGUUUAUCUCUUUGACAUCUGAUGGGAGGGCGUUCCACAGGGUGGGCACCACUACCAAGAAGGCCCUCUGCCUAGUUCCCUGUAACCUCACUUCUUGCAAUGAAGGAGCCGCCAGAAGGCCUUCGGCGCUGGAUCUCAGUGUCCGGGCUGGAAGAUGGGGGUGGAGACGCUCCUUCAGGUCUACUGGGCCAAGGCUGUUUAAGGCUUUGAAGGUCAGCACCAACACUCUGAAUUGUGCUUGGAAACGUACUGGGAGCCAAUGUAGGUCUUUCAAGACCGGUGUUAUGUGGUCUUGGCGGCCGCUCCCAGUCACCAGUCUAGCUGCUGCAUUCUUGAAUAGUUGUAGUUUCCGGGCCACCUUCAAAGGUAGUCCUGGAAUGAGCAAAAUAUUUAUUUUUUUUUUAUUAACAUUUAUACAUUGUAAACAAGCAAACAAAACCCCUCAAAGCGCCUAACAAAAAGAGAAAACUGUGGGCGACACCCUCUCUUCCUGAUCAGGGAGCCACAAAAAUAUGUGUGGAUACAACAUACUUCACUUUUCCAAGGAAUGUGGGCAAAAGUCAGAUCCCUUAGAAUGAAUCUGAGCCUUGAGAAGCCCAUAGAGCUGCAAGAGGAAGUAGGGAAGAGCGUCGUUCUUCCAACUUCCUCCUUCAGCUCUAUGUACUUUCCCAGAGAGUGAAAGCUCAUUACUACAGGGCGGUAUGUGGCCACCAUUGGCCCUGCCAUUGGCGCCAUGUUGGCAACCCUUGGAUGAAACAGCUCAUAAACCUUCCAAAACAAAGCACAUAAAUUCCUGUUAUCUCAGGACAGGAAGUUCUGACUGUUGAUUGUGCAAGCAGGUUUUUAUACUAGGGCGGGUUGCUCUGGGCAUGGGGAGCGAAUGAGAUUCAGCUCAGCAAAGUCCUUAUUGCCCCCCCAAAAGGUGGUCUCCUAUUUGCCACUCAUCUUUUACAGCCAGCCAUGGCAGGACACGGUGACUCAAGAAAUCAAAGCCGCCUUGAGGGAUUCCAAGAGAAAGUCCACGAGCAAGCUCCACAAACAGUCCUGAAGAGACAGAAGACAAAUAAGAACUGCAGGGAAAUAGCGAACAACCAUGCGGUAAAUUCUGUUUCUUUUAAAGCCGUGGCUGAUCGCCACGAUCCGGGCCACCACCUCUGUGCCUGCUUCGGUUUUGCUGCUGAGAAAGGUCUGGAUGGAACCAGCAUGGAAAUCUGUGUGCAGGAUUCUAGCCCCGUGGCAAUAUUUAGGAUUCCUGGGCUGGGGAAAUGAUGCGGUUUUAGUUGUGAUUCCGGCAUUGCAGGAGUUUGAGCUAGAUGGCAUCUCCAGUGGCAUCGCAUAGGGGGCAUAGGGGUCCAGGGUCCGAUCCCACGUCUUGCAAAGCGUUGCAGCAAAUCAGUUGCUUCCUCCUCAUCUCAGCUUUCCAGCCCAUGUAACCCCUGUGUUGCAAACAAUAGUCAGUGAUAUCCCAGGCAACACGAUGACCAAAUACAAUGAUACGAUAUCAAUAUACACUCUUUAUAUAAUAUGAAAUAUAUGAAAUCACAUAAGCAGAAAACUUAUGAAUCUCUGAAAGUCACAAAAUAUGCACUCUUAAUGGAUUCUCUUUAUGACCACUGCUCCGUAGCAAUUGUUGUUAUACUUUUCCAUUCACCAUAUAGAUGGGUUUAUGAAGCCUUUCUGUAUCCUUCUGCUGUGCUGAAGAAGAAUUCCACGAAACAGUGGGUAUAUCUGGAAUCACUGUUCACAACGUCUGUUUGCGAACUACUUUGGCAGCGUUGGACGCGAUAAGCAAAUCAUUACAGCCUGCUUUUCACCAGAUAAGAAUCUGACCCAUUGCUUCUUUCAGAGACUUGCAUAGUCUUCAAAGACUUUCAGAGACUUAUAAGACUUAUGUUUAUUUGGUUUUACGUUUUCAAGAGAAUCCAUUAAGAGUGCAUAUUUUGUGUCUUUCAGAGAUUCACAAGUUUUCUGUUUAUGUGAUUUCAUAUAUUUCAUAUUAUAUAAAGAGUGUACAGUGGUACCUCGGGUUACAUACGCUUCAGGUUACAGACGCUUCAGGUUACAGACUCCGCUAACCCAGAAAUAGUACCUCGGGUUAAGAACUUUGCUUCAGGAUGAGAACAGAAAUCGUGCAGCGGCAGCAGGAGGCCCCAUUAGCUAAAGAGGUGCUUCAGGUUAAGAACAGUUUCAGGUUAAGAGCGGACCUCCGGAACGAAUUAAGUACUUAACCCGAGGUACCACUGUAUAUUGAUAUUGUAUCAUUGUAUUUGGUUAUCAUGUUGACUUGGAUAUUACUAGCUUUCCAGCCCAUGCUGGUAGGGCAGCGCAAGGAGGACGCAACAGACAUGCCCCCUUUGAUCACAGCCUCGCCCCCUUUGUGCCUCUUUGGGUGGGUCCUGGGAGACCAGUAGGGAGGGGCGCUUGUUGUAGCAGGAGAGGGAGACACCCUCGUUUCUUCACCAACCCGACUCCUCUCUCCCUCUUGGCCUCCCUCCAUCCACUAGCCUACUUCACCUUCUGCCUCUGAUUCUAGACUGCUGUCUGUCACCGACUCUCCCUGCUCACUUUUCACUGUUGCACCUCCACCUUCCGACACCUCUUCCUAGUCUGGUCCCUCUUCUCCUUCUGACAUCUUGUUGUCAUCCCACCCCCGGUCUUCUGGCUCUGAGCCUUCUUCCCUUGGUGGUUCCCCAGCUGCUUCCGCCCACCAUUCCUCUGUGUCCAAACAGUCCAUAACAUCCUUCCACGUAGAAACAAUAACUUGUCAGGGGAAGACCACGGGCCCAUGUUUAGCACCUCAGUGAGAAUGAGAUCUCUGUGUUCCGCCUGUAGUCCUUUUAGGGAGGAGGAGGAGGAGAGAGAGAGAGAGAGAGAGAGAGAUUUGAACAUGCAGCUACCAUAACUCUGCACCAUCUUCUCCCAGCCAGGUGGACUGAGCACUGUGAAUCUAAAAGCUUUGAUCAGGAAGAGAGAAGAAGAGGGACAACCAAAAUUGUGCAAUAUGUGCCACAGUGCUGUAUUUCUGCAAUUUAGGGGGAUGCAGCGCUGCGCUAUGGCAGCUGCCGGAGGAGAAAUCAUCCCUGCCAGCCUGUCUGAUCCAGACAUAUCUCUGUGACCGUGAGGUCUAUAAACGUUAUUUCUGGAAAACCAUAAUAACAGGCCAUUAUUUGUAGAGCACUAUCACAUUUAGAGGAAAAUACGAAAGAUAAUAGAAGGCUUGAUGUCUGCCUUAAGAAGCUUUCUAAGGUAUUUAACCAUGUAGAAUAGCAGGUGCUGAUCUGUUGAACAUACACAGUAGUAGCCUUGCAUUAGGUCAGGGUGAUUACCCAUCUAAUUCAGUCAUCAUCAUCAUCAUAAAUUAUUAUUUGUACCCCACCCAUCUGGCUGGAUUUCCCCAGCCACUCUGGGCGGCUUCCAACAAAGAUUAAAAAUACAUUAAAAUGUCACACAUUAAAAACUUCCCUCAACAGGGCUGCCUUCAGAUGUCUUCUAAAUGUUAGGUAGUUGUUUAUCUCUUUGACAUCUGAUGGGAGGGCGUUCCACAGGGCGGGCGCCACCACCGAGAAGGCCCUCUGCCUGGUUCCCUGUAGCUUUGCUUCUCGCAGUGAGGGAACCGCCAGAAGGCCCUCGGAGCUGGACCUCAGCGUCCGGGCAGAACGAUGGGGGUGGAGACUCUCCUUCAGUCAUGUCUAUUUUGACAAGCAAUGGCCGGCUGGGAUCUUUGGCACAGUCCCUGCGGCCCACCUGCUACCUGAUCCUUCUGAUGGGCGAUGCCAGGGAUUGGACCUGGGAACGUCUGCAAGCUGAGCCUAAACCCUGAGCUAUGGUCCCAGCCCUCAGGUGAAGACAAAUUUCCUUUGGGGAAGACCUAUAGCUCAGUGGUGGAACACCUGGCAGAAGGCCCCAGGUUCAGUUCCUGGUGUCUCAAGGAAUCCCCACCUGAAACCUUGGCAAACAGCAGACAGGCUAGACAGAUCAGCUUGGGAUCAGACCACUUCCUAUAUCCCUGUAUUUUUGUGUGUUCACACCCCGCUCUAAUAAAAUGAAUGUGUUAAAAUACUUGACAAUUUUUGACGUUCUUUGACACCGUUUGACUGACUGGUUUGCCGUCUUGCAAUCAACGUGUGACAUCUUUAAAGGAUUUUGUGUCCUGCCUCCUGCGUCGACCUAUUCAGCAUCUGGGAGAAGCUACUGAGAAUGAAAAGAUUCCCGUUAAGAACCUAAGGAAAUGCCCAUCCUGUCCAUUUACAGACUAGGACCCUCGUACCUAUGGGACCACCUCUCCUGCUAUGCCCCGAGGAGGACCUUAAGGUCCAUAAAUAACAACAUUUUGGAGGUCCCAAGCCUCAAGGAGGUUAGAUUGGUCUCAACUAGGGCCAGGGCCUUUUCAGUACUGGCCCCGACUUGGUGGAACGCUCUGUCACAAGAGACCAGGGCCCUGCAGGAUUUGACAUCUUUCUGCAGGGCUGCAAGACAGAGCUGUUCCGCCUGGCCUUUGGCUUAGACUCACUCUGACCCCUUAUAUGGGAUUUGGCAUAUAUAUUUUCCCUUGACUUUUUUGCUGGCCCAUGUAGGACCAGCAUGGAUAGCUGGCUCGGGUGAAUAUCUGAGGUUCCCUCCCUUUAUGGUCUUGAUUUAUGGGCUACUACUAAAAUGAGGCUGCAUUUUAAGCCGUAUUUUAGGCCGUACUUUAAUUGUUUUUUUCUUUUUUCUUUUUUUCUAUUAUGUUUUAUUGUAAUUUAUCUUCAGUGUUAGCCGCCCUGAGCCCAGCCCUGGCCGGGAAGGGCGGGGUAUAAAUAAAAAAAUAUUACUACUACUACUACUACUACUACUACUACUAUCACCUGUGAAUUUGGGUCUCCAGCCAUUUUUGGACUACAACUCCCAUCAUCCUUAGCAGUGGCCAGGGACGAUGGGAAUUGUAGUCCAAAGUUUGGGAAACACCCAUCUACCUGAACAUAGCAAAGGAAGGCACAUCUCUUUCCACUAGGGGGCAGGCAUGAAGCGCGUAUUAAAAUCCACACUAAAUCUGUGUGUGCCUGUGCGCCAGAGCACAUGUAGACAAGGCUCACAUUUGUGACUUCCGAACGGGUGGAAACGGCCCGGCUGCCAAAUCUUUUCCUUUUUAGAUCCUCCCCUCUGCCCCCCUCCAACUUUUCUCAUCCCCCAUCACAUCCCUCGCUAACUUUGCCUGCUGAGUAACGCAGGCUGAACCCUUUAAAAAAAAUCCUAUUUAGAAAUUCUUUACAUUUCUCGGGGAUGAGAAACGUCUUUCCAAGCUGUAAAACAUCUGGAAGGCAAACGCCAUACGGACAGCGAAGUCUGGGAGACUGGGCUGCUCUCGGCCGAAUCGUAAUCCGCUGGGGACCAGGCCAUCAGCUCGUUUGCAGUUGGCAUAUAUAUAUCUCAUUGAGUCAGGGCAGAUCCAGACACCCAAUUAUAUACACUGCCAACCAAUCUCUUCUUCUUUCUCAGCUGCAUCUGAGUUCGAUUUCAGCUGAUUUAUUCAGCCAUCAAUUGGUCAUUUAUUGGCUCGCUUUCAGCCAGACUCGUUUUACUGUAAUGGACGCUUGAUUUGAAGAAGGGAAAAAACCCUGGCUGAUCAAUUUGUAUUCAUUAAUUCUUCAUAUUAAGACCAUCAGCAGAUUAAAAAACAACAACCCCAGAGCUGAUUGAUUGUAUCAAUUGGAAUCCAUCCAUCUGCAUGAAGUAAUUCCUAAGAGAACAACCCCCUUGAUUGGUGUUUGAUGAUACUCACAUCACAAUUUAGGAGACACACAUUGCCUCUUCUAAAAAGGAGGUUACCGUAUGCAGGGUGGUUUUUUUGGGAGGGGGGGUUGUGUGUGUGCCAAAUGUAUUGCAAAUAAUUAAAAUGGCUGGUUUAAAAAAAUAUAAAUACAGCGGUACCUCUGGUUGCGAACGGGAUCCGUUCCGGAGGCCCGUUCGCAACAUGAAAAGAGCGCACCCCCCAAAAAAAUGUCUUGUUGUUGUUUUAGUGUUUAUAAUAUUAACUUGUAAGAUAUGGAUUUGUUUUUUGUUUUGUUCUUGUUGUUGUUGUUGCUUUCUUUAGUUUUCAAAUGUUGAUUUUUGUGUGUUGUGUAUUGUUAUUUUUUGAUAUCUUUCGUGUUGUUGCUGCGUGGAAAAUACUAAUAAAAUUUAUUUUUAAAAAAGAAGAAAAAGAAAAAGAAAAGAGCGCAACCCGCAGUGGUGCGUCUGCGCACGUGUGGGUCGUGAUUUCCUGCUUCUGCGCAUGCGCGUGAUGUCAUUUUGCGCGUCUGCGCAUGCGCGAGCGGCAAAACCCAGAAGUAACCCUUUCCGGUACUUCCGGGUCGCCGCGGGACGUAACCUGAAAGAACGUAACAUGAAGCGGACGUAACCAGAGGUACCACUGUAAUAAUAAUCUCCUUGCUGAUUCGGCAGGGAGGCUUUCCUCAAUCGAAAUAUUUCAUUAUAUUGGAGGAUGCGAUCCUAUGCCCAUUGGCCAAGGAAGAAGCCCCACUGAAGUGGGAUAAUUCCUGAGAUAAAAUGUUUCAAGUUGCAGCGCAAAUGCUAUAACCCUGAUUGUCGCUUACAUUUUAUUCCUCUGAUCUGCACAGGAAGCUAUUUAAGAGCUACUAGUGUAUUGCUUGUUAAUUUAUAGGAUUUGGCUUCCAGACCUUUUCUGCACACCUUCCAGUUUGUCAAUAUCCUUCUUAAAUUGUGGUGCCCAGAAAUGUACACAGAGUUGCAGGUGGAGCCUCACCAAGGCAGAACAGAGGGGUAACUAUUACUUCCUCUGAAUAAUAAACUGGAUUUAAAUAGAACAUUGGGUCCCGAAGUAAACAUAGAUCUUCCCAGUAAACAAAGGACCUGGAUCUUUACACAUAAGCACAUAAAUAAAUGGAGGAGCCAUUGUUAGGUGCCGGGAAUUGUACAUCUGAACUUUCGCACUCACCACAAGACUGUGGUGCAAAGAUUUCUUGCUGGGACUGCAGAAGGAAACAUCUGGCUUAAGAACACAGGGAGAAUUGCAGGGUGCAUGGCUUUUAAAAGGGAUUUGGACUGGAAGGUGUGACGGUCUGAAGUGUGCCAGGAAUAUGGUUUGGAGUCUGUCCACAGCAGAGUUCACUGAGGAGGACAGAAGAACAGAAGCUGAAGGGUCAGGCAGAGGAUAUUGUCCAGGCAGAGGUCAGAGGUCAGGACUCUGAGACGGAGCGAAGACUUAGAAGACCGAAGCUGCAAGCCCUGCAAACAAUAAAAAAUAAAAAAUGGUCAUGCAAAGUAAGGACCCCAUUGGUUGGUAAACUCCACAAACUGCAGAGUUGCUUCAUGCAUUGAAAUGAAUCGGUGGUGUUCACGAAAAAGAAUUUGUGUCUUGGGUUAGGACUCAGUUCGCCUCUGAAGCUCACUUAGGCCAGCUACUCUGUGUGGGGGGGGUCAGCCUAGCCUUCCUCACAGGGUCGUUGUGACAAUAAGCUCAUCUCCCUGUUUACAUUGAUCUCCUUUGGGGGAAAAUAUGGGAUAUAAAUGGAAUAGUGAAUAAGAAGAAAAUGACUGGGCUUACAAAAAAACAGUCGGCAUAACGGAAUACCAGCACAAAAGGCAUUCAAAAACAAUGCCCAAAGGAUCGGCUCGCUUGCUUUAUUUAUUUAUUUUAUUUUAUUUUAUUUUAUUAACAUAUAAAACACAUACAUAUACAGUGGCACCUCAGGUUACAUACGCUUCAGGUUACAUACGCUUCAGGUUACAGACUCCACUAACCCAGAAAGAGUACCUCGGGUUAAGAACUUUGCUUCAGGAUGAGAACAGAAAUCAUGCAGCGGCGGCACGACAGCAGCAGGAGGCCCCAUUAGCUAAAGUAGUGCUUCAGGUUAAGAAUUGUUUCAGGUUAAGAAUGGACCUCCAGAACGAAUUAAGUACUUAAUGGAUAGAAUAUUCACAUUUGUGUCCGGGUUUUUACUUCUUGAAAUAUGGCAGCCAUAGCAUAUCCCAGUAGCUAUUUGGCAGCCAGUGAUGUUCCUCCAGCAUAGGUGUGAUAUUUGCCCAUCCAAGUACUCCAUUCAGCAACUUGGCUGCAGCAUCCGGACCAACCCCAGGUUGCUGUUGCCUUUGACUGGACUUAAACAUCCAGGGGUCCUUUACCUUUACCUGCUUCUGGGUACCAGUUGCUGGAGACCACUGCCCUAGAAAUAUGCUAGGAAAAUCGAAAGCUGCCAUACAGAGUUGGAACCUUGGUCCACCCAGCUAAGUUCUUCAGGGAAUGGUUGGAUUUUGAGUCCUGCAACAUGAGGAGCAGGGAUAUAUAUUUUUUUUCUUUAUUUCCCCCCCCAAAAAACCUAGGUGCGCCCUAUGGUCUGGUGCGCCCUAUAGAGCGAAAAAUACAGUAUAUUAUUGAAUAUUGUAUACCCAAUGUAUCAGCCACCAGGGGGGUUUCACUGUUUGUGUUUUGGUGGUUGGUAAAAAAAUAAAAGUUAAAAAAAAACAGAAAACCUUAGCGCAUUGCGGGAGGGCCAUGCUCAGUGGUAGAGCAUCUCACAAGAGCAGUCUGCUGAAUCAGGCCAAUGGCCCAUCCAGCCCAGCACCCUGUUCUCGUAGGGGCCAACCAGAUGUCUACGCGAAACCCACAAGCAGGAACCGGGCACAAAAGCCCUCCCCCCUUCUGUGGUUUCCAGUAACUGGCGUUCAGAAGCAUGGCUGCGUGUAAGUAUGGAGGCAGGGCAGAGCCUCUUUUAAAGCCAUCCCAGCUGAUGGCCAGCAUUGCCUCCUGUGGCAGAGAGUUCCAUAGAUUAACAUCACUUGCAUCAAGCCACUGCUAUCCGAUGCUUAUCUAGUGGAGUUUUUGCAAACUUCCCUUCAUGCAAAAAGCCAGAUCUUUGAGCGGGGGGUUGGGGUUGGGGGCAGAGAGCCCCUUUGUUACACAAAACCUCCAACUCCGCUCUCAUCUUGCAAUCUGAAUCUGAUGGUUUCGUGUUCGAAUCCCUCAUGAAAACAGUUUAGAACUGCCUUUUUUGUUUUUUGUUUUGCUACUACAGACUAAACUGUUACGCUUGUGGAGCUAGUUUUGAAUAACACACACACCAAAAAAAUCCAAACACAACUGUUGCAGUGUUAGAUUCCCUUUCUUUCCACGCUGCGUGGGCGAAGGCACGAAUUAUCGCCAAUUCACAUCCCCCUUUGGACCAUAUGCUCUGGCUCUGUUGCACGGCGGGGCUGCUGUUCCUUCUCCCCGACCCCCUGACCCCCCUCACCACGCUUUAAGAUGAACACAACUUGACCCAGAAACCCACAGCCGCGCACAUCUGUAUCUCAGGUGAGCGAUCUUUGCGACCUCCAAGCAGCGACGUUUUGCUCGGGACGCACAUCUGCAAAGAGGGAAUUUCAGCUGGCAUUCUUAAGAUUGUUUGCAUGUGUCAAUGUGAGAGGAGAAGUCCUCACCCACGCGAGACGCUCCAGGAAACUGGCCGCUUUAAAAAUGUGAGCAUUCGGAACAUAAAGAGCACUGGAGGAGCGCACACACACACAGAGAGAGACACAUGCUUUGAAAUCAUUACAGCGAAGCUCACAUGCUUUGGAGGAGCUUCAGAAGAUGAGUGCAAAGGAAUCCAAUCUACUGCAGGCUGAUCUGCGAGGAGUUUCUUCAUUCGUGAACUCUCUCUCUCUCUUCUCCCACCCCUCCUCCAGUGACUUAACUUUCCUCUUGGCUUUCCGAGAGCCUCAGUCCGCUUGAAUGCCGCAGGACGGCAAGACCCCCCCUGUCAGGAGCGCCAGCGGUUCACUGGCUGAGCACCUCUGGCAAAGAACGGAGAGGGAGGACUUGACCGCAGCCACUUUUGCCACAACGCUAGGUGAGUAUGGGAGAGGAUUUCUCUGAAUAGGAUCAAAGGGGAAGGGGAAUCGGCACAGGCGUCUCUCCGAUGGAAGGAACUCCUGGGAAUUUUCCGACUUGUUCUGGAUACUCUUACAGCACGGCGUAAGAGAAACAUCUGUUGCUCCCUUUCUGUUUUUCGUUCAACAGCAGGAAAAAUAAAAUAAAACUCUGGGGCACCGUCUAAGCAACAUAGCUGUCAACUUUCCCCCCUUUUAAAGAGAAAUUCCCUUAUUCCAAAUAGGAUUCCUCGCAAGAAAAGGGGAAAGUUGACAGCUAUGCUAAGCAAAGGGCAGCAGUUUGCCAACUGAUUAAUUUCCCACUGUGAGGCAGCUGAACAUUGGCUUAAAGCUGCACUCUCAUGCACAGUUCCUAGAAAGAAAGUCCAAUUUGGCUCAGAGGAACUGACUUUGGAGUAAACACACUGAGGGCUGUAUUGGGUGUCUCGCCCGCUGAAAUCAAGAGGGUCAGGGCUGCAAUCCUAUGCAUGCAUUUACCUGGGAGUAAGCUCCACUGAAAGCACAGAGACUUGCUUUUGAGGAAGGAGGGGCAAAUCUGUCAAAUGUCCGUCCUUCCACAUUUCUACAUCAGUUUGCGAACGAAACAUUUAAAAAACUCACAAAAAUUCUCAGGCGAAUUUAACGUACAUCUCUCCUGAUAUAAAACAACAUAAGAUUUCUGCUUCCCCCUGGAAUGACAUUUUUGUAUGUUACUUUCACCAAUACAUUCAUUUUCAUGGACUCUUUCCCCUAACACACACUUUUUGGGGGACACAAUUUUUGGGGGUUGGAGAACCAUGCUGAAAAAUUCAGAGAAGUGCAAAUUUUGAAGGAUAUUUGUGUGGUGCUUCCUUUGGGAAGUACAAAUUAGGUAGGCUAAAAGGUGAACCGAACUGAAUUUCUUCCCCAUCCCUACUUCUGAGUAAACAUGCAGGAGAUUGCACUAUCAGGGUUGUUCAACUCAGCCAGGUCUCAUCCUGUGCUUUUAACAAAUGUGAUGGAGGAUGGACUAAACAAGGGUGAUGUCAUGGUUAGGACGACUCAGCUCGGCUCUUAGGGAAGGGUAGGGUUAUUCAUGCUGAUGGCUGUUUUACACCAUGAUUCAUCCAGCCUCAUGAUUAGACUGCUGUAAAGUGCUCUGUGUGGGGCUUCCCCUGGGGUUGGUCCGGAUGCUGCAGCCAAGUUGCUGAAUGGAGAACUUGGAUGGGCAAAUAUCAUGUCUGUGCUAGAGGAACAUCACUAGCUGCCAGAUAGCUACUGGGAUAUGCUAGGGUUGCCAUAUUUCAAGAAGUGAAAACCCGGACACAAAUGUGAAUAUUCUAUCCAUUUUUCAAGGACGAAUCCUGGCUAAUUCCAGGAAAUUCUGGACUUAUGGCAGCCCUAGAUAUGCUCAAGGUCUUGCGAUUAACGACUCAGGACCAGGUUACCUGAAAGAUUCCCCUGCCAUCGUAUAGCGCUGCAAGAUCACGUCGAUCACCUGGGCAAAUCUUUCUUCUUUCCAUCUCUGGGCUGGUAGCAUCCGUGCGGCUGUUGUUGCAUACAUAACAAGUCUUUUCUGCUCCUUUGGAAUGUCGGUACCUAUAAUUCCUAAUAGAAAAGCUUCUGGUUUUUUAACAAAAGUUAUUUAAAACAUUUUUUUCCACUUAAUUACAGUGGUACCUUGGUCCUCAAAUGCCUUGGUACUCAAACAACUUGGAACCCAAACACUGCAAACCCCGAAGUAAGUGUUCCGGUUUGCGAACGUUUUUCAGAAGCCAAACUUGCUCCGUUUUGAGUGUUACGUUUCUGUUCAGAGUGCCACACUUCCAAUUUGAGUGCUACACUGAGGUCUGUCUGUUUUUGCUAUUUCUUUUGUGUUUUUGUUUUUGUGGCUCUUUUCGUUUUGUUUUUGUGACUAUGUGGAACCCAGUUCAGCUACUGAUUGAUUGAUUGAUUGUGUGACUGCAGUACAUUGUUUAUUGCUUUCAUUUUAUGGAUCGAUGGUCUUGUUAGAUAGUAAAUUCCAUGUCAAAUUGCUGUUUUCGGGGUUGUUUUUAAAAGUCUGGAACGGAUUAAUCCAUUUUGCAUUACUUUCUAUGGGAAAGCGCGGCUUGGUUUUGGAACGCUUUGGUUUUGGAACGGACUUCCGGAUCGGAUUAAGUCUGAGAACCAAGGUACCACUGUAUAUGUCAUCUCCCAGAAAGCUUUUAUCACCUUACAUGACCACACUCUGGUUUCUCUUCACAUCGUAUAAAACUUUCGCCUUUUACUUCUUAUGUUCUUAUGAACCAAUGCAAUGUGUGUGUGUUUGCAAAGAAGUGUUUGCCAUUCCAACUCUGCAAUUUCUAUGAUUCUAUGUUCCAAACAUCUCAUGGACUUCAGGUGUGCUCCUGAAACUUCUCACAUGAGAAGAAGACGUGAGCUUUCAGAUGCUGACUUGGCUUUCAUCGUUCACAAUAUACGUAACCACAGGCGGAUAUUUCGUGAAGGCUGAAAUCCUAUACAGAUUGACAUGGAAUCAAUCCCAUUCAAGUCUAUGGUUAUUGCGUGUUUUUUUACCCCUGAGUAGACAAGUAUGGAUGGGACGCGGGUGGCGCUGUGGUCUAAACCACAGAGCCUAGGACUUGCUGAUCAGAAGGUCAGCGGUUCGAAUCCCUGCGAUGGAGUGAACUCCUGUUGCUCAGUCCCUGCUCCUGCCAACCUAGCAGUUCGAAAGCACGUCAAAGUGCAAGUAGAUAAAUAGGUACCGCUCUGGCGGGAAGGUAAAUGGCGUUUCCGUGAGCCACUCUGGUUCGCCAGAAGUGGCUUAGUCAUGCUGGCCACAUGACCCGGAAGCUGUACACCGGCUCCCUCGGCCAAUAAAGCACGAUGAGCGCCGCAACCCCAGAGUCGGCCACGACUGGACCUAAUGGUCAGGGGUACCUUUACCUGACAAGUAUGGAGUUGCACUGUAAACAAGGCAUUUGAUGAAGCCCUCAAGGAACGGAUGCUUUAGCUGAGAUUCCUGCAACGCAGAGAGUUGGAGUUGAGGAACCCUGAUUCUAUGAAUGGCUCUGGGAAGAUGGGCAGAAGGGUCAGUGGGAGGAACCAUUCCUCAUAGGAAGAUGGGGGUCACCCCAUGAAAUAGUGGAUUGUUGCAUCACUUGGUUUCUUCAUGUCACCCCUAGGUGGCCUCCCUCUUGGGCUGAUUCUUGACCGAAGUGUCCCAUUUGCUGUUGUUCUGUGGGCUACCACAGCUAUUUCCUGUUUGGAGUAUGGCUGGUAAAUGUGGUCUUUGCUGUCCUCCAGGCAACAGCACUUGCAACGCGACUGUUUGACACAUUUACGACCUCAAGCUGGUGCAUGGCUUAUUUUAUUUAUUGCAGAGGAACAUAGGAAGAAGCUGUCUUCUACUGAGUCUGGCAGUUGCCCAAUCCGGCUCAGUGUUUUUAUCUGUCACAGAAUGGUUGCAACUUUCCGGGGGUUUAGGCAAAGGUCUCUCCUAGACUUACCUGAAGAUACCAUAAAUUGGACCUGGGACCACUCAAGGCGGUAGAUGAAGGCUACUUAGGUCUCCCAUUCAGGAACUGGCUGCAACCAGGCCAGCACAGAAUCAUAAAAUUAUAUAAUAAUAAUGAUAAUUUAUUAUUUAUACCCCUCCCAUCUGGCUGUGUCCCCCCAGCCACUCUGGAAGGCUUCCAACAAAACACUAAAAUACAAUAACCUAUUAAACAUUAAAAGCUUCCCUAAACAGAGCUGCCUUUAGAUGUCUUCUAAAAGUUUGGUAGUUAUUUUUCUCUUUGGCAUCUGGUGGAAGCGCGUUCCACAGUGAGGGCGCCACUACCAAGAAGGCCCUCUUCCUGGUCCCCUGUAACCUCACUUCUCGCAGAGAGGGAACCGCCAGAAGGCCCUCGGCGCUGGACCUCAGUGUCCGGGCAGAACGAUGGAGGUGGAGACGCUUCUUCAGGUCUACUGGGAUGAGGCCGUUUAGGGCUUUGAAGGUCAGCACCAACACUUUGAAUUGUGCUCGGAAAUGUACUGGGAGCCAGUGUAGGUUUUUCAAGACCAGUGUUAUGUGGUCUCGGCGGCCGCUCCCAGUCACCAGUCUAGCUGCCGCAUUCUGGAUUAGUUGUAGUUUCCGGGUCACCUUCAAAGGUAGCCCCAUGUAGAGCGCAUUGCAGUAGUCCAAGCGAGAGAUAACUAGAGCAUGCACCACUCUGGCGAGACAGUCUGCGGGCAGAGAGGGUCUCAGCCUGCGUACCAGAUGGAGCUGAUAAACAGCUGCCCCGGACACAGAAUUGACCUGCACCUCCAUGGAUAGCUGUGAGUCCAGAAUGACUCACAGGCUGCACACCUGGUCCUUCAGGGGCACGGUUACCCCAUUCAGGACCAGGGAGUCCCCCACACCUGCCCACCUCCUGUCCCCUAAAACAGUACUUCUGUCUUGUCAGGAUUCAACCUCAAUCUGUUAGCCACCAUCCAUCCUCCAACCUCCUUCCCUGUAAUGCAGGAAUCUCAGCAAAAGCAUCCAUGACAGAUGGCUAUCCAACCUCUGCUUAGAAAUCUCCAAGGAAAGAAAGCCCAUCACCUCCUGAGGGAAUCUGUUCCCCUGUCAAACAGUUCAUACAUUAGGAAAGUUCAUCCUCUCGUUCAGAACCUGCCCUCCAGAGCAGGAGAAAACAAGUUUGCUCCAUUUUCCGUGUGACGGCCCUUGAGACAUUUGAAGACGGCUAUCAAAUCUCUUCUCAGCCUCUUCUUUUCCAGGCUAAACACUUCCAACUCCCUCAACUGAUCCGCAUAAGGCUUUCUUAUUGUUAUUUUUAAUUAAAAGUCACCACUAGGGAUUGGGGGGGUGGGAUUCAGUUCAGUUCACAUUUAAAGGCAAACUUACCUCAUAUUCACUUCCUGAAACAGUCCGAGAACAAAAGCUAUCCUUUGAAAUUUGCACUUCUCCAAAUUUUGCAAUGCAGCGCUCCAGCCAAGUCAUGCGUACCAAAAUGCAUUUGCUAGGGUAAAAUGCACAUUCAGGUGCAUAUGUUGGCGGAAGCAGCGUACAAAAACGCAAUGGGUUCAGGAAGGUUGCUUUGCAAAUAUAGGGAUUCCAAGGCAGAAUUGCAUAGUCACUCUAUGUGGGGCUGCCCUUGAGACUGACCCAGAAACUCCAGCGGGUGCAGAAUGCCGCGGCGAAGCUCCUUACGGGUUCCUUGCCGCGGGAUCACAUUCACCCAAUGCUAUACCAGCUGCACUGGCUCCCGGUGGAGUACAGGAUCAGGUUUAAGCUGCUGGUUUUAACCUUUAAAGCCCUAUACGGCCUAGGACCCUCGUACCUACGGGACCGCCUCUCCUGGUAUGUCCCACGGAGGACCUUACAGUCUUGAAAUAAAACACCUUGGAGGUCCCGGGCCACAGGGAGGUUAGGCUGGCCUCAACCAGAGCCAGGGCUUUUUCGGCCGUGGCCCCGAUCUGGUGGAACGCUCUGUCACAAGAGACUAGGGCCCUGCGGGACUUGACAUCUUUCUGCAGGGCCUCCAAGACAGAGCUGUUCCACCAGGCCUUUGGCCAGGGCACAGCCUGACCCCCUCUCUCCUUCUGUAAUCUUCACAAAACUCUAGCCCAAUGGCUGCCAUUAAUUUGAUUUUGAAUUGAUUUUUAAAUGAAUUGAUUUUAGAAUGAUGUGCUACUUUUAUUGUUGUUAGCCACUCUGAGGCCAGCUUCGGCUGGGGAGGGUGGGAUAUAAAUAAAAAAUUAUCAUUACUAUUAUUAUUAUUAUUAUUAUUAUUAUUAUUAUUAUUGAAACAUAUGUACUCUAUGUUAGGUCCUUCUAAAAUUUUGAUGAAUAUUCUUGAGCCGUUAAGACAGUGUGGUCUAGUGGUUAGAGUAUCAGACUAUGACCCAGAAGGUACAGGGUUCAAAUCCCCUCUCAGCUAUGAUGUUCGCUGGGUGACCUUGGGCCAGUCACUGCCUCUCCUCGCGACCUACCUCACAGAGUUGUUGCAGGAAUUAAAUCAGUAGGAGGGAAACCAUGUUUGCCACUUUGAGCUCGUUGGAGACAAAGGUGGGAUACAAAUGCAAUAAGAAUAAUAAAAAAGAAGAAAGAAAAUUAUUUGCAAACUGAUAUGUAAAUGUAGAGUACUGAAAAAAUAAGAAAAUGAGAGAAAUUGAAACUGACAAUCACCAUUGCACAUCAUGGACACACUGAGUUAUUUUAACUCACAGUUUUGAAGGAUCUUGAACGGGGACGGACGGACCUACAAAGCCUGUUCUACUGGAUACGACAGUGAGACAGGAAAAAAUAAUGAGUGUAUAAGGACUUUGAGCAAGAAGGGCUCCGUCAUAUCACAACUUCCCGUAAAAGUCUAUCUCCAAUCUUUAUGCUGAGUGAUUUUACAGCAACCUCCGCCCCCCAAUCCUUUGAGGUUUAUACCAUUCACUCUUCGGGUUUUUUGAAAAGAUAUUUGGGGAUUUUCAAGCAGACACAGAAAAACCUAAAGUAAAUACCCAUGCUGACAGAUCCCUUCUGAUAAAACCUAUGACUGAUAAGUCAGCCGUUCCCCAAGAGCAAAGUCAGCUGACCAGGAAAAGAGUAUUUCUUUUUUUUAAGCCAGAACACUUGCCCCAAACUUACCCUAAAUAGCCAGGCUCCACCAUUGCUGCCACCCCUUGUCCAGCACUGGGGACCCCAUUCCUAGGUCUAGAGUGGUGGUUCUCAAACUUUUUUCUCUGAGGCACACUUAUUAUUGAGGGGAAGUGCGUGGAACAGCUCUCGGUGUUUCGAUUUCUGGGAAUGGAGUUGACAGACGACCUAACCUGGGGAGAAAACAGCAAAGACCUGAUGAAGAGAGCACAGCAGAGGUUAUAUUUUCUGAGAAUCCUCCAGAAAAACAAUCUCUCAAAGGACCUGUUGAUGGCAUGUUACCAUUGCACUGUGGAGAGCGUAUUAACUUAUGGUCUCUGUGUGUGGUUUGGGAGCUGCACGGCCAGGAGAAAAACAAUGCUGUCCAGGGUUGUAAAGACUGCAGAGAGAAUAAUUGGGUGCACUCUUCCCACCUUAGAUCAAAUCUAUGCUUCCAGGUGCCACAAGAAAGCGGCAGAGAUAGCGUAGGAUAGUGCGCACCCCGGAAAUGAUCUCUUUCAGCUUCUGCCUUCUGGAAGAAGGUACAGGGUUAUAAAGGCCAGGACUAGCCGCCUGAGAAACAGUUUCUACGCAAAUGCAAUUCUGGUUCUAAACGCAGCAUAAAGGGUCUCUAUAGUAUAGUGUAUUUUAAAAUGGGGUUUCAGAGUUUUUAGGGGUUUUUGAAUGUUUUAUGUAGUUUUUCAAUUUCAUUGUUCUGCAUGGAACAAUGACAAUAAAGAUAUUGUAUAUCGUAUAUCGUAUAUCAGAAUAAAAAAAAUGUUCACGCUACACCUAAUUUUUGAUUGAUAAGAAAUACAUUUGAAAACAAACAAACAAAGAAGCAUAGGGUCCAAAGUAGGCAUUAAUUUGGCAUCCUAGCCAAUCCUCUGCCACAAGAAGGAAUGGAAGAGACACUCAAAGUAACUCAAAUUUAAAAGCAAAGCUACCUAGCUUGCACUUUCAGAAACAAUAUGCGGAAACAUGGCAAGGCUUUGAAAUUCGAAAUUCUUUGAAUUUCGCAGUGCAGUUCUCCAGCCAAGUGAUGUGUGCUAAAAGGCAUAAAAGCGUACCUUAAGAAUGCAUAUAGUGGCUGAAAUAGCAUAGAAAAAUUGCAUUAUUUGGGAGGAAGUUUCUUUGCAAAGAUGCUCAUAAUAGACAAAGUGGUAUAGAAAUGUGUGCAUUCAGUUCUCACUAAAAUCCGGAUGAAUUUUCAUGAGGAAUAUUCAAAAACAAUUUUGCAAAUUGAUAUGAAAAUGAUAUGAAAAACAAUUUUGCAAAUUGAUAUGAAAGGGUGGAGAACUGAAUUUAAGAUUGGAGAAAUGAGAAACUGAAACUGACCGAUUCCCCCAUCCAUACCCACUAUUUGUUCUUCAUGAUGCCUAUCACAGCUUUCAAAAACCCGUUUCUUCCAACCCCUACCUUAAACAACUGGUUUGGUCUCUAACUUGGACUCCCUUUUUCUCCCACUCUACAGAGCCAUGAAAUUCUACCUCUUUCUCUUCCUCGCAGCGCUGAAUGGAGACGUCUCAACCUUCUCAAUGAUGGAACGGUCGCCCUGUGAAAUUGUAAGAACUUUGGCAAAGGGUUCGAACCCAAGCAGGGCAAAUCCUGCAAGAACCUGGUGUAAUGUCUUGGUUUCAGUAAGGCUUUUGACAAAACCCACCAUGAUAUUCUCUAGAGGAAGCUGGCAAAAUGGGGGUCAAACGAGGUCAUUGUCUUUUUUUAAAAAAAAUAAUUUUUAUUCAUUUUCCAAACAAGUUUUAUACAGUCAACAAAUUAUUUUACACUCAUGCUUAAUUUUUGACUUCCCUCAGUUUCUCUGUCAAUCUUUCGAAAAAUUUCUAUUUAUUGACGCAUUUCUGAACAUGAUAUUGCCUUUCCCCACUCCUUUUCCUCUUACUCUCUUUUUUGCAGUAUUUCUUACUAUUUCACAGAGUCUCUUCAAAACCAACAAGCAUUGUCUGUGCAUCACAUACAUUUUCCAGAUAUUCUGUAAAUUUCCCCCAGUCCUCGAUAAACUUUUGGUCUUUCUGGUAUCGAAUCUUCCCAGUCAAUUUGUCCAAUUCUGCAUAUUCGAUCAAUUUGCUUCUCCAUUCUUCCACUGUUGGAAUUUCUUCCUGUUUCCACCUUUGGGCCAGAAGUAUCCUUGCAGCAGUCACUGCAUAUUGAAAUAGUUUACAGUCUCUCUUAUUGAUUUCGUUUCCUACCAUUCCUAAUAGAAAGGCUUCUUGUUUUUUAAUGAACGUAUAUUUCAACAUCUUUUUCAAUUCAUUGUAUAUCAUUUCCCAGAAGUCUUUCACCAUUUUACACUCCCACCACAUAUGAUAGAAAGUACCUUCUUUUUCUUUACAUUUCCAACACUUAUUGCAUGUUUUAUACAUUUUGGCCAGUUUAACUGGCGUUAUAUACCAUCUGUAAAACAUUUUCAUUACAUUUUCUUUCAACGCAGUACAUGCCGUAAAUUUUAGCCUUUCAUUCCAUAAUUUCAUCCAAUCAUCAUACUGUAUAUUGUAACCAAAGUCUCUUGCCCAGUGUAUCAUUACUACUUUUACCUCUUCAUCUUUUGUAUGCCACUCCAGCAACACUUUAUACAUUUUAGACAGGUUUUUAUACUCAUUAUUCAAUACCUCCACUUGGAAUUUUGAUUCUUUACCUUCUUACCCACACAUUUUACAAUCUUUUUUAAACAUAUCAUUAAUCUGAAAGUAGUGUAACCAGUCGUAAACAAAUUCUUUCACCUCUUCAUAAGUUUUCAUUUUCCAUUUCCCCCCCUCUCUUAUUACCAAUUCUCCAUAUGUUAUCCACCUCCCCCUCAUGUUAAUUUUUUUUCCACACUCAUCACUUCUAAUGGUGAAAUCCAAUGGGGGAGUCUAGGUUCCAACAAGUUUUUAUACCUCUCCCACACCUCUAUCAGUGAUCUUUGGAAGAUGUGGUUUUCAAAACCUUUGUGAAUUUUUUUCUUCUCAUACCAUAGGUAAGCAUGCCAACCAAAUCUGUUGUCAAAUCCUUCUAAAUCUAACAGCUCUCCAUUCUCUAAUUUAAUCCAUUCCUUUAUCCAACAGAGGCAUGAUGCUUCAUAAUAUAAUUUCAAAUCUGGCAGGGCGAAGCCACCUCUCUCUUUGCAUCUGUUAAUAACUUAAACUGAAUCCUUGGCUUCUUACCCUGCCAGAUAUAUCUUGAAAUUAUUUUUUGCCAUUCUUUAAAAAUUGAUGCCCCCUUAAUUAUCGGCAAUGAUUGGAAAAGGAAUAACAUCUUUGGUAGCACACUCAUUUUUAUCGUGGAUAUUCUCCCCCAAAAGGACAAUUUCAGUCUUCCCCACACCUCCAAAUCCCUUUUUAUCUGAUUCCACAUAGGUAAGUAAUUGUUUUGAAACAAAUCAAUGUUCUUGGGGGUUAACCAUAUUCCUAAAAACUUCACUUUGUUCACCACUUCUAUCUCUGUCCUUUGUUGUAUUUCCUCAAUUAGUUCAUGAUUCUUGUUUUUAGCCAUGAUUUUCGUCUUUUUUUUUGUUGAGAUAAAAUCCUGCAACUCGACCAAAUUGUUCUAUUUCUUCUAAGAUUCUUUCAAUACUUUCCACUGGUUCUUCUACUGUCAAUACCAAGUCAUCCACGAAUGCUUUAACUUUGUAUUCCUUUUUCCCUAUAGACACCCCUUUUAUAUCUUCAUUUUUCUUACUGAUUUUAGCAAAACUUCCAGCACCAUAAUGAAUAAUAGUGGCGACAGUGGGCAUCCCUGCCUUGUACCUUUGGUUAUUUUAAUAUCUUCUGUGGUAUAGUUGUUUACUAUUAGCUUCGCUUUCUGUUCUGUAUAUAUUGCCUUUAUCCCAUUAUAAAAUUCCUUACCCACUUCCAUAUACUCUAGGUUUUUUAACAUAAAGUUCCAUGAUAUAUUAUCGAAGGCCUUUUCAGCAUCCAUAAAGAUUAAAAUAGCUUGUUUUUCAUUUCUGACAUUCAGAUAUUCCAAUAUAUUUAUUAUGUUUCUUAUAUUAUCUUUCAUCUGUCUGCCAGGAAGAAAGCCCGUUUGAUCCUUAUGUAUAAAUUCUUGCAAUACUUUUUUCAUUCUCUUUGCUAGUAUACUCGCAAAGAUUUUAUAGUCAAUGUUCAACAGCGAAAUAGGCCUAUAAUUUUUAACCUGUGUCAAAUCUGAAUCUUGUUUUGGGAUAAGUGUGAUAAAGGCUUCUUUCCAUGUUUCCGGAAUUUCACAGUUCUUUAAUAUGUUGUUUAUGACUUCUUUCAAUGGUAGGGUGCUUCUCAUUUCCUUAUAAUAUCUGGCUGUAAAUCCAUCUGGUCCUGGAGCUUUCCCUUUUUUCAAUUCCUUUAUUACCUCUUUUAUUUCUUCUGUUUCAAUUGGGGCGUUCAAAAAAUCUUUUUUCUCCGUUGGGAUCUUCUGCACUUCUUUUUCCUUUAAAAAUCUUUCUAUCUUUCUCAUAUUAUUAUUUUCCUUGCUUUUAUAUAGUUGUCUGUAGAAAUCCAAGAAUCCUUUUCUAAUUUGUUUCGGGUUUUCUAUUUCUGUGCCGUCGAUAAUGAUUUUGUUUACUGUAUUCUGUUCCUUUCUCUUCUUAAUCUGCCAUGCCAGCCAUUUUCCUGAUUUAUUCAUGAAUUCAAAGUUUCUUUGUCUCAUUCUUUUUAUAUUCCCUUCUACUUACUUAUUUAUCCAAACGAGGUCAGGUGGAUUUGUAGCUGGUUGACUGACCGAACCCCAAGAGUACUCACGAAUGGUUCCUCAUCAUCCUGUUCUUCAUAAACAACUUGGAUGAAGGAACUGAGGGGAUGCUCAUCCAAUUUGCAGAUGGCGGCGAAUUGGGAGGGCUGUAGCUAAGCCUGGCAGAGGGAGAACACACCUUUAAAGUAGUGUUUGAGUCGCAUGGUAUUAUAAACAAAAAAUGCCCUUCUUCCCUUAUGGGGUAUCCAAGAGCCCAUAUAGAGUCCUUACAUAGGUUCCCUAUUGGUAGGAGAAAAUAACAGAGGCCAACCAGAGAAUAUUGAGAAGCAAAGCAGCUAGUAAGCUUGAUCUUUAUUGAUCUGUUGCAACAGGGUGCUCCCCUCACCCGCAGGAGAGAGGAGGAACCCAGAAAAAUGGCGCGCAAGGCCUUAUAAAGACUUUUGAAAUUGCCACCCUGUAGAUCAAGACCACCCCCAGAAACAUCAUACAUACAUCACAGAAGGGGUGUAACCUAAGACCACCCCUCAGUUACAUCACACCUACAUCACAAAAAAGGCGGUCUAAAACAGAAAUUUUGAAUGUUGUUUUUCUCCUGUCCUUGUUUAUCUCCUGUCUGACAGGUUACUUGAUUGGAUUGCCUGGGGAGCCUGGCCAUUCUUUUGUAAUGAUAAAUACUUAGUUCCUGGGCCAUGUCACAGGCUCACACCUUAUUCAAACACAGACAUACCCUUAAGACAGGAUUUGUGAAGGAAAAGAGAAUGGGGAGGCUUUUCCAUUUUCCUUUGACCUUGCAGAGAAAGCAUUUGGUCAGUUUGGGAAUCAAAAUGGUUCCAGGUUGGCCUUCCUGUGCUGAUCUAUGUACGUGCUUGGUUGGUACACUUAUGAACAUUACCAUAUAUCUAAGACCAUAAAAUUCCUAUCACAAUGGUCCUUUUUGCCAGCUUAACUGGCAUGUUGUUGUAAGCCAGAAAAUGGCUUAUCUCCUGAGUUUAUGCCAACAAAACUCAGAAACGAGAGGAGUUAGGAAUCCAACAUUGUUUAUUGCAAAGCAAUAGGUUACAGUCGGAUCGUUCCGCAAAACUGCAACCCCUCCUGGUAGUCCAGCUAGUGGUAUUUAUAAAAUUGCAAACAAAGCAUUUCAAUUUCCACCAAUCAUACACAUCAUUACCUCAUUUCAUGGUUAAUACACAUGCGCAAUAAGCACUGGCAAUUUCUGCUGAUUAAGUUCUGAUUCCCACUGUGUUCUGUUACAUUGUGUUAGUGUGCAUGUUGGGAAACUGUGUUACGUGAAGCCAUUUGCACCAUGUAGCAACUUACGUUCUAGCUCAGGGGUCAGCAACCGAAGGCCCAUGGAUUGUGUGCUUGCGUGAGCAUGUGCAGCCACGAUUUUUGGCGGCUGCGCAUGCGCAGAUGUGAUUUUCGGCGCCCCCGAACUGAGUUGCCUGCUCUCAUGCUGCGCUAAAUCAGCACAGCACGGCACAGCGACUCGCUUCCGCGGUGCCGAAAAUCGCGUCUGCACAAACACAGACACCGAAAAACACAUCUGUACAUGUGCAGACGCCAAAAAUCGUGGGGGCGCACGCUCAUGCGCACACACGAUCCGGCCCAUGGAGGGAUCUCCGUGGGACCGAUCUGGCCCAGGGAAGAUAAACCUUGCUGAGCCCUGUUCUAUCUUUGAGCUGUAUCUUUGUGAUUCACAUAUUAGCCGUAUUUCUGCCCCAAUUGGGGGGGGGGCAGCAACUUGCAAAAUCACCAGUUUCAUAAAGUGACAGGCUACUUUUCUUUUCUUUUUUCCACAAUAAUAUUUAUUAUUUUCAUACGAAAACAUAACAAAAGAGAGAAUGAACAAUAAUAAAAGGGAAAAAAGGAAAAGAAAAAAAGGAAGAAAGAAUAUAAAACAUAAAAUACAUCCAACCACCACGUAAAUUAAGACUUAAUUAAUUAAUUAAAACCCAUCUUCAUCAACAUAUUACUUGACUUCCUCUAAUCUCUUCCAUCUGAAUUUCUUAGUAAUUAUAUAUAGCAGUUUCCAAUAUCAUUAUUUCAUAAAACCAUAUCAUAGUCAUAAUCAUAUUUUCUAACUUUUCUUAUCAUACUUUUUCUUAUUUAAAUACUUAAUCCUAAUUUAGUCCUAGGCCUAAUUGUUUCUUUCAAGUGGUUACAUAUCUUUAAUAUUACAAUAUUUAUUCAAAUAUUCUUUGAAUUUAUUCCAGUCUUCUUGGUGUUCCUCUUCCUUCUGGUCGCGGAUUCUCCCGGUGAGGUCAGCCAGCUCCAUAAACUCCAUAAACUCAUCUGCCUUGUGAAAGGCUACUUUUCUAUUAGAAGCACACUCAAGGAUUUCAUAGAACCAUAGAAUCAUAGAGUUGGAAGAGACCACAAGGGCCAUCGAGUCCAACCCCCUGCCAAGCAGGAAACACCAUCAGAGCACUCCUGACAUAUGGUUGUCAAGCCUCUGCUUAAAGACCUCCAAAGAAGGAGACUCCACCACACUCCUUGGCAGCAAAUUCCACUGUCGAACAGCUCUUACUGUCAGGAAGUUCUUCCUAAUGUUUAGGUGGAAUCUUCUUUCUUGUAGUUUGGAUCCAUUGCUCCGUGUCCGCUUCUCUGGAGCAGCAGAAAACAACCUUUCUCCCUCCUCUAUGUGACAUCCUUUUAUAUCUUUGAACAUGGCUAUCAUAUCACCCCUUAACCUCCUCCAGGCUAAACAUGCCCAGCUCCCUUAGCCGUUCCUCAUAAGGCAUCGUUUCCAGGCCUUUGACCAUUUUGGUUGCCCUCCUCUGGACACGUUCCAGUUUGUCAGUGUCCUUCUUGAACUGUGGUGCCCAGAACUGGACACAGUACUCCAGGUGAGGUCUGACCAGAGCAGAAUACAGUGGCACUAUUACUUCCCUUGAUCUAGAUGCUAUACUCCUAUUGAUACAGCCCAGAAUUGCAUUGGCUUUUUUAGCUGCUGUGUCACACUGUUGGCUCAUGGGUACACAUUACAGGGGUACACAUUGUCACAUUUAUUGUGGCCCUUAGGGCCACUGCCACAAUGUCACCAGGUCAAGGGUUACUAGGACCCAGUCUAAGUCCUCCCUCUCUAGUCAUUUCAUACCCCCCAGAGCUCCCCCUUUCCAGGACUUAUACUGGCAUAAGAUCUGCUGGAGGUAUCUCUGCUUGAACCAUGAAGGAUGGAGAGUUACACCACCGUAGCCUGAACGCACCAGGAUCCUUCCAGCUCAGCUGGCUCCUAGCCGCACACAUCCUUGCCGUAGGGUUGCUCUCAUAAGCUAGGAACUGUGCCCGCUUCACAAUUCUGCAACAGCGCUAAGCGAAGAGAGCUCAGAUUGGUACAGCGUCCGAACGAUGCCAGCUUUCACCUUGGUUUCGUUCUUACCCGUCCGAGUACAGAUUGGCACUUCUUCUUUCAGGCAUUGCAAAUUCAAUUAAAAUAAACUGCCCAAACAUAACGUAGGAACACAGAAAGCUGUCUUUUAUACCCACAAAGUUUAGGGCAAGGUGACUUUCCGCAGCCCUUCUUGGAGAUGCCAAAAGUUGAACUCUGGACCUUCUGCAUGCCAAGCAAGGGCUCUGCUACUGAGCCACAGCCUUCCCCAUGGCAUUUGUGCAAUUAUCGUUCGAUAUCCAUUCACCCGGACGCGGGUGGCGCUGUGGAUUAAACCACAGACCCUAGGACUUGCCGAUCAGAAGGUUGGCGGUUCGAAUCUCCGUGACGGGGUGAGCUCCCGUUGCUCAGUCCCUGCUCCUGCCAACCUAGCAGUUCGAAAGCACAUCAAAGUGCAAGUAGAUAAAUAGGUACCGCUCCGGCGGGAAGGUAAACGGCGUUUCCGUGCGCUGCUCUGGUUCGCCAGAAGUGGCUUAGUCAUGCUGGCCACAUGACCCAGAAGCUGUAUGCCGACUCCCUCGGCCACUAAAGCGAGAUGAGUGCCGCAACCCCAGAGUCGGUCACGACUGGACCUAAUGGUCAGGGGUCCCUUUACCUUUACUAUCCAUUCACCCAUGUAUAUCACACACACAUGCACAAAAACCAAAUUGUAUGUUACAGUGGUACCUCUGGUUACAGUGGCUUCAGGUUGCAGACACUUCAGCUUACAGACUCCACUAACCCAGAAAUAGUACCUCAGGUUAAGAACUUUGCUUCAGGAUGAGAACAGAAAUUGUGCGGCGGCAGCGGGAGGCCCCACUAGCUAAAGUGGUACCUCAGGUUAGGAACAGUUUCAGGUUAAGAACGGACCUCCGGAAUGAAUUAAGUUCUUAACCAGAGGUACCACUGUAUUUUGCAAUCACAUACAGCGGUGCCUUGGUUGUCAAAUGCUUCAGAAGCCGAACGUUUUGGUUUUUCGAACACUGAAAAACCAAAAGUGAAUGCUUCCAUUUUUGAACGUGCCUCAGGAGUCGAACAGUCUCCAUUUUCUCAAUGACAUUUGCCAACCACCCAUUGAGCCUCGGUUGUUAACUCUUUUGGAAGUCGAACGGUAUUCCGGAAUGGAUUACGUUUGACACCUGAGUUAAUAAUAAAAAUAAAAAUAAAAAUAAAAAUAAAAAUAAAAAUAAAAAUAAAAAUAAAAAUAAAAAUAAAAAUAAAAAUAAAAAUAAAAAUAAAAAUUUAUUUAUACCCCACCCAUCUGGCUGGGCUUCCCCAGCUACUCUAGGCGGCUUCACAAAAAAAUAUUAAAAUACAGUAAUACAUCAAACAUUAAAAGUUUCCCUAAACAGGGCUGCCUUCAGAUGUCUUCUAAAAGUCUGGUAGUUGUUGUUCUCUUUGACAUCUGGUGGGAGGGCAUUCCACAGGGUGGGUGCCACUACCAAAAAGGCCCUCUGCCUGGUUCCCUGUAACUUGGCUUCUCUCAGUGAGGGAACUGCCAGAAGGCCCUUGGAACUGGACCUCAGUGUCCAGGCUGAACGAUGGGGGUGGAGACGUUCCUUCAGAUAUACUGGACCAAGGCUGUUUAGGGCUUUAAAGGUCAGCACCAACACUUUGAAUUGUGCUCGGAAACGUACUGGGAGCCAAUGUAGGUCUUUCAAGGUGUUAUAUGGUCUCAGCGGCCGCUCCCAGUCACCCAUCUUGCUGCCACAUUCUGGAUUAGUUGUAGUUUCCGGGUCACCUUCCAAGGUAGCCCCACGUAGAGCGCAUUGCAGUAGUCCAAGCGGAAGAUAACCAGAGCUUGCACCACUCUGGCGAGACAGUCCGCAACUGAGGUACCACUAUAUAAGGAAACCACAAUGGAUCACUUCAGUCGUGCUUUUCUGCAGAGAAAUAGCUGAGGGUAAGAGAGAGUUCCAUAGUCUGAUCUGGCCUGCAGCAGAUGCACACCCAGUGAUAAUCUGUUCUACAAAUCCUGUCCAUAGUCACCUGAGUUUACUGCCUUCUUCCUGUAUGUCGCUGUCUCCCAGACUGAACUAAAGGCGCCCAGUCUCAAGAAGCUGUCUUUGAAUGACUCAGACCAUGGAUUCAUCUAGGUUCCUAUAGGCUACACUGGCUGGCAGCUGCUCUCCAGGGUUUAGGGCAGCUAUGCCCUGUUAAUGCUUCGUUCUUGGCCAAGCGAUUCUAGUGUCUCUUCGCUGGAACGAAUCAAAGACCGAGCAAAGCUCUCGUUCUCCCGCCGUUGUUGACUGGGAUGCUCUGUGAGGACGUGGGGAGGUCAGGAGAUUCAAGUUUCGUUAAGCCGUCUUGUCUUCAAGCCAGAGAGCCAGCUGUAACAUAAAGCAAGGACAGGCAGCCUUCUCCGUUGGCAGAUCUUGAAAUCAUUCUCAUGCUCUCCUGUGCCUUUCCACAAAGCUUCUUCGGAAGAGUUUCCUGUUAAAUUUAUGUCCCAAGUUGAUCAGGGAAUUUAGGGGUGCACAGAGUCGUCUUCAACCAGCCCUGCUUGAAGAGUUAGUUGUACACAAACUCUGGAAAUCCCAUCUUUUGCUUGUUCUUGUUGGAAAGGGAAUCCAUGCGGCAUUGCUGCCAAAUAGUUGCGUUCCAGUGCUUGCUGGGUUGUCUUCCCUUGUUUUUUGCAGACCUGAUUUGGCCAGAGGAGAGCUUGAAAAUGCAUUUCUAGCCUGUGCAAGGUUUGAGCUGCCUGGGCUUUUAAAGAGCAACUGUACCUUUAAUCAAAAGCUUCCUGUUUUCAGAUUCGUUCGAUUGCUUCCUAUUACACUUUAACAAGAAUGGCUGGAGGCUAGUACAGUAGUACCUCGGUUUAAGUACUUAAUUCAUUCCGGAGAUCCGUACUUAACCUGAAACUGUUCUUAACCUGAAGCACCACUUUAGCUAAUGGGGACUCCUGGUGCUGCCGUGCCACCAGAGCACGAUUUCUGUUCUCAUCCUGAAGCAAAGUUCUUAACCUUUCUUAAAAGUUUUCUUAAAGUUCUUAAGCAAAGUUCUUAACCUGAGAGCCAGUGUGGUGUAGUGGUUAAGAGCGGUAAACUCGUAAUCUGGUGAACCGGUUUUGCAUCUCCGCUCCUCCACAUGCAGCUGCUGGGUGACCUUGGGCCAGUCACACUUCUCUGAAGUCUCUCAGCCCCACUCACCUCACAGAGUGUUUGUUGUGGGGGAGGAAGGGAAAGGAGAAUGUUAGCCGCUUUGAGACUCCUUUGGGUAGUGAUAAAGCGGGAUAUCAAAUCCAAAAAAAAACCCCAAGCAAAAAAACCUGAAGCACUAUUUCUGGGUUAGCGGAAUCUGUAACCUGAAGCGUAUAUAACCUGAAGCGUAUGUAACCCGAGGUACCACUGUAAUAAUUAACACACAUAUACACAAGGGUGGAAGAGGACUAAUUCAGGGGCAACCUGCCAACAGGAAACUUUUAAUUAACAUUGCUGGAGACCUUAGCCAAAUAGGAUGCAUGUUACAACAGGAUUUGGGUCAAGGAGAAGGGCAUUGCUGGUCCCUAUCAUGCUAUAUUAAGUGUGGAACCACCCUUUUAACCCCUGUUAAUUGUGGAAGAGUAAUCCCUUCACUGGGGAUGCGGGUGGCGCUGUGGGUAAAACCUCAGCGCCUAGGACUUGCCGAUCGCAUGGUCGGCGGUUCGAAUCCCCGCGGCGGGGUGCGCUCCCGUCGUUCGGUCCCAGCGCCUGCCAACCUAGCAGUUCGAAAGCACCUCCGGGUGCAAGUAGAUAAAUAGGGACCGCUUACCAGUGGGAAGGUAAACGGCGUUCCAUGUGCUGCGCUGGCUCGCCAGAUGCAGCUUGUCACGCUGGCCACGUGACCCGGAAGUGUCUGCGGACAGCACUGGCUCCCGGCCUAUAGAGUGAGAUGAGCGCACAACCCUAGAGUCUGGCAAGACUGGCCCGUACGGGCAGGGGUACCUUUACCUUUACCUUUACUAAUCCCUUCACAGUGCCAGCGGGCUCUAGCAUGGAAGCAACUGUGAGCUGUCGCCCAAGUCAGUGAGCCAAGCCUCCGGGGAAUGUGCCAUUUGGGUGUAGCCUGUGCUUCGUCCGGCCUGUUCAUCUGCAGUUGUACACAUCUUGCAUUACUCACAGGCACGAGUGAGCUGGACGUUGCUCAGCUCCUUCGAAAGAGUUCUGCCUGUCUGAUUUUGUCCACGCUGAAGCACCAGCAGAUGUUUUGGGGAGGGUUUUCCCAGAGAACAGUCAUUCUGAAGAACUCUCGCUCAGUUCUCCUCGGGAAUUAUAGGAUUCCUGAAUAUUUGAGGGAUCCGGGCUUUGCCUAAGAUGGGUGGAAACAGCCCCGGGUUGUCUUGGAUGAAGACACCUAGAGCAGGCAUGUCCAACAGGUAGAUUGUGAUAAGGCCUAGGACCCUCGUACCUACGGGACCGCCUCUCCUGGUAUGUCCCACAGAGGAACUUACGGUCUUCAAACAAAAACAUCCUGAAGGUCCCAGGCCACAGAGAGGUUAGGCUGGCCUCAACUAGAGCCAGGGCUUUUUCGGCUGUGGCUCCAUUCUGGUGGAACGCUCUGUCACAAGAGACGAGGGCCCUGUGGGACUUGACAUCUUUCCGCAGGGCCUGCAAGACAGAGCUGUUCCACCAGGCCUUUGGUCAGGGCACAGCCUGACUCUCUCUUUUGGCAAUCUUCACAGAAUUUAGCCUAAUGGUUGCCAUCAAUUUGAGUUGAAUUAAUUUUAAUGAAAUGAUUUUAGAAUGUUGUAUUAUUUUAUUGUUGUUAGCCGCCCUGAGCCCGGCUUUGGCUGGGGAGGGCAGGAUAUAAAUAAAAUUUAUCAUCAUUAUUAUUAUCUACCGGUAGAUCACUGGACGUCUGCAGUAGAUCACUGGUAGAUCAUUGGCUCCCCGAAAGAAGCUGAACAACUGUGGCUCCCCUAAAAAAAGCUCAACAUUUUACUUCCUCCCUGAAAAAACCCAACAACUUUGACCUGAACCCCCAAAAAGGGGGUAGAUCACUGCCAUUUUUGAGUAGAUCACAGUUUCUUGGGAGUUGGCCACCCCUGACCUAGAGCAAUCUGGGGCCACCAACAGGUGGACUGAAAGAAGGAUUCAAUUAUCUGCUCAGCAAACAAAGCUGCCAUACUGAGUCAGGCCAUCAGUACAUCUGGCCUGGCAUUGCUUAACCUAAGUAGCAGCUGCCUGCUUCCAUAGCCUAGUGGGUAGAGCAUCUGUUUUGCAUGCAGAAAACCCAGGUUGCUUCCCUUCAGGAAGGGUGGGAGAGAUUCAGUGCUGGAAACCCUGGAGAGGUGCUGGCAGUCUGUGCAGGCCACACUGAGCUUCAUUUGGUGGAUGGUCUGUCUUAGCAUUAGUGAUGUAUGGAAGUGAGAGCUGGACCAUAAAGAAGGCUGAUCACCGAAGAAUGGAUGCUUUUGAAUUCUGGUGCUGGAGGAGACUCUGGAGAGUCCCAUGGACUGCAAGAAGAUCAAAUCUAUCUAUUCUGAAGGAAAUCAGCCCUGAGUGCUCACUGGAAGGACAGAUCCUGAAGCUGAGGCUCCAAUACUUUGGCCACCUCCUGAGAAGAGAAGACUCCCUGGAAAAGACCCUGAUGUUGGGAAAGAUGGAGGGCACAAGGAGAAGGGGACGACAGAGGACGAGAUGGUUGGACAGUGUUCUCGAAGCUACAAACAUGAGUCUGACCAAACUGCGGGAGGCAGUGGAAGACAGGAGUGUCUGGCGUGCUCUGGUCCAUGAGGUCACAAAGAGUCAGACACAACUAAACGACUAAACAACAACAACAACUGUCUUAGCAUGAAGGAAGCUUCUCAUGUUCGGAAGAACAUUCCCCUUGGGAAGUGUUAGAACAAAGCUGCUGAUCAAAGGAACAUGAGUAAGUUGAAAAAACGAUGGGCCCCUCAGAGAGGUCCGAAGCAUUGCCUAGCCCCCAAAUAGUUCCCUCGGCUGUUCCUGCGAGGGCUGGAGCCCGUGUGAACGACACGCAUCCUGUUUUCCUUCGGCAUUCUUUCCUAUUCCAUAUGGAAUACCCCCGAAUAGACUGCGGUCGCGGAGCCAAGAAAGAAAGGAGAUUAUAUUUGCAAAGCAGAAGAGAGAUCUGGAGAAACUUGGACGGGGUUCAAAAGUAAUGUCUGGGCAGGAAAGGAGAGGGUGGUGAGAGGGGGGAGCCCCCCCCAUAUGGAAAGAGAUAUAGAGGCUUUGUUUGGGAAUUAUGAUGGGUGGGGAGGGUGCUCAGCAAAAUCUCCAAUGACAGAUGCAACCUUUUUCAGCCGUGGGCCAGUCCACCGUCCCUCAGACGAGGUGGUGGGCGGGACUAUAUUAUAUUUUUUUUAGGGAGGGAAAUGAACAAAUUCCUAUGCCCCACAAAUCACCCAGAGAUGCAUUUUAAAUAAAAGCACACAUUCUGCUCAUGUAAAAACACACUGAUUCCUGGACCGUCCGCAGGCCGGAUUGAGAAGGCAAUUGGGCCGCAUCCAGCCUGUGGGCCUUGGGUUGCCUACCACUGAUAGAUGCAGACAAGAAGGGAUUGGUACAGGUGCCCCGGAAACAAUAGCUGACAGCCACAGUGGAUGUUCAGCUUCCAAAAAACAUUCAAAAACCGAAACACUCACUUCCAGGUUUCCGGCAUUUGAGAUCCAAGGCAUUUGAGAACCAAGGUACCACUGUGUCCGUGAAUUUGUCUGGUCCUCUAAGUCUGUGGCCAUCACAACUUCUCCUGCAAGGACAUUACUGCAUGCAUGCCACAGAGGGAUAACUCUGUUGGUAGAGCGUGAGACUCAGAGGUUUGUGGGUUUGAGCCACACAAUGGGCAAAAUAUCCCUGCAUUGCAGGGGUUGGACUAAAUGACCUUUGGGGUUCCUUUCAACUCUACAAGUCUAUAAUCCCCAUAAUAUUUUUUUGAAAUAAUUUUUAUUGGAUUUUACAGAUAUAGAAUCAUAACAGUACAAUACAACCAUAUGUCAGGAGUGCUCUGAUGGUGUUUCCUGCUUGGCAGGGGGUUGGACUCGAUGGCCCUUGUGGUCUAUUCCAACUCUAUGAUUCUAUGAUUCUAUAAUACAAAAAUACAUAUCCUUAUUUAGAGAUUUCUCCUAAUCUCUCAAAUUCCCACCUUCCCUUCCAUGGGUCCUAUUGUCAUCCUUUUCAACUGCAUAUUAUUUCAUAAUCCAUGUUUUAUGUCUCUCCAUUUUAUCCAUAGCAUUUGCUACAUUACAAGUGUUAUCCAAGAUAAAUUAUAAAUUUUUCCCUUUCUUUAUUGAAGUUUUGGUCUUCUUGGUUCCUGAGCUUUCCGGUCAGUCUCGCCAUUUUGGCGUAGUCCAACAGCUUAAUUUGCCAUUUCUCUCUGGUAGAGACUUUAUCUUCUUUCCAUUUUGGGGCUAGUAUGUUGUCGCAUACAUAAAAAGUCUUUUCUGCUCUUUUGGAAUAUCGGUACCUACAAUUCCUAAUAAAAAAUCGGAAUUUAUUUAUUAUGGUCCCCAUAAUUUAAUUCUGUGCAGUGUUUCGAGGUUCCCUCUUUUAUCUGCCCCGAAUCUUCCAACCUUUAUUUUCGUUGGAUGGCUUUGAGCUGUAGGCAAUGUGAAUCUCAUCCUAGCUCAUUCCGCUCUCUCUCUCUCUUUCUCCUUUUCUGUAGAGAAGUAUGGAGGCAUUUUGUCACGGCAAAGAUCUUCACCAGAUACCUCCGGAGCUUCACCCAAAUUUACGUAAAAUCGACCUCUCCAAAAACAAGCUCCUGAACAUCACAGAGAGUCCCCUGGCUUUUUACACCUCCCUCCGCCAUCUAGACUUAAGUUCCAAUUAUAUCGGUUUCAUCGAGUCUGAAAUCUUCAGAGAUAUGAGGAAUUUGGAGGAGAUCAACUUGGCCGACAACCAGCUCUACCAGUUGGCUCAACAUGACCUGUGGCUUGGCUCGCUCCCCCAAGUCAGAACGCUAGACUUGUCCCGCAACAGACUCUACACAGGGAUGGCUGAACAUUUCAUCCACAAAGCUCCUUCACUUCAGCAUCUUUCAUUGGCGGAGAACAGCAUUAUAGAAAUUUCACAGAGGACGUUCCAGGGGUCUCCAGGUCUGGUUGAAGUGAACCUUCACAGCAAUAUGAUCAUGGAGAUAGAAGAAGGAGCCUUUGAGAUCCUGCCACAACUCUCCAAGCUCAACCUCUCUAUGAACUCCCUCACCUGUAUUGCUGGCUUCAACCUGAAACAGCUGAGAGUUCUCGAUCUCAGCCGGAACAGCAUCGAGACCUUCCAUUCCACCAAAUCCGAGGAGGAGUUCAACCUGGUUUGGCUGGACUUGAGCGAGAAUAAGCUCCUCCGGUUCCCAUUUCUCACGCAGGCAAGCAAACUGGCCUACCUGAAUUUAUCCAAGAACAUAAUGCAGUUUGUUAUGGUGGAAUCUCCACGUGAUGACGAUGAUGGCGACUACGGCUGGAUGGACACAACUCUUGGUCUUCAGAACCAGGCUCAGAAGAACACCACCAUCUCUCCACAUCUGCCUGGACUGUUAUAUUUGGACCUGAGCUACAAUGAGAUCCAAACCAUCCCAAGCGAGUUCUUUACUUCCAUGUCUGCCCUUCAGGUUCUCAACCUCAGCAAAAACUGCCUCCAGACUUUCAUGGCAAGUGCCGAGCUGGUCUCACUGACCAUCCUCGACCUCAGUUCUAACUCUUUGCAGCAUCUGGAAUGGGGUUUGGGCACCCUGGUCAACUUGCAGAAGCUCUUCCUCCAAAGCAACCGUCUCCAAGUGCUGCCACCAGACAUCUUUGCCCACCUCCCUCGCCUCUCACUCCUGAACCUCCGAAGCAACAACCUCUGUCUUUGUGGCUUCUAUUCAGGGUUAGCCAGGAAAAGGCUCGCUGGGGAGGACCGCGGCUGCAUCUCGUUUGUUGACCUUCCUGAACUUCAGCACUUGUAUCUUUCGGACAACAAACUGAAGAGGAUUCCCAUGCAUGCUUUCUACAGGACUCAACUCGUGGCCUUGGACCUCUCUCUGAACUGGGGACUCCACAUAGAGCCCAAAUCUUUCUCGGGCUUGGAGAUGUCUCUAAAAUAUAUGGAUUUGCACGGGAAUGGCAUGACAUCUCUGAGCACUGACUUCCCGCUUUUCCCGCACCUCGUAUAUCUCAACUUGUCAGACAACCGAUUGAGCUGGUUGCCUGCUUGGUCUGAGAACUGCUGUUCUUUGGAAGUCCUGGAUCUGCAGAACAACAGCUUCAGCGACCUCAAAGGUAGCAAGAUCCCAACUUUGGAGAAGAACCUACGGAACUUGUACCUGGCGGGCAACCCGCUCAGUUGCUGCGGGAACAUUUGGCUCUCCCAAAUGAUCCACAGGGCCACUGUGGAGAUCCCCAACUUGGACCUCACCAAAUGUCAGUACGCCAAGAGCUUUGGCUACGAAGAAGAAAUGGCGGUCAGGGACAUCAGGCCAGAAGAUUGCGAGAAGGAAGACCUCAAGAAGAUGAGCGUCUUGAUCUUGGUGGCAGCUGUCCUGGCUCUGUCCCUGGUCGUUGUCGGGGUGGGUGUGUUUUGCUGCUAUCGCAGGCACAUGUUUGGCCGACACUAUAAGGCAUAG